CAGAAAUAAAAAUGCAUUUUUGAAAAUUAAUGGUUUCGAAAUUCAAGUCUGAUUUUGAUGCAAAAAAAAAUCAUCUUUAGAAAUUGAAAUUCAAAAUCAGAUGGCACAGAUUUACUUCCAUAUCACUCCGCCUCUCGCGCGCAGCAGCAGCAGCAGCAUCCACGAGCUCCUUCGGUGUCACACGCGCAUGCACAGCCUGAGCGGUCUUUCAGACGACAUGAUUCCUCUGAGGUCCACGCCAUGGAAAAACACCCUGAAAGUGAAUUAAAAACGCCGGUUAGAAAUGGACGAAGAGUUUCUACCUGAGCCGGAACACCUGCUGACAUUUGUGAGGAAACUCAAAGAGGUGUUUGACCUUUGUGACGGCGACUCAGACGGUCUUAUUCGACGUGAAGACUUGGUGAAGUUGGCUUCCCAGUUUGGCAAAGAAGAACAGGUGAGAAUGUGCAUUUCACUUUCAGUCUGUCUGUUCUCCUCCUCUUUGUCAUUUUAAAGCUAUUUUUCCACUUUCCCCGUCAUUGUUUUCCUAAACCUUGCAUCGAAGACCUUCUGGAAGCUAUCUUACCUCUCGAAAAGAUAAAACUUCAGGUUUUCACGUUGCCAGCUUUCACAAAGGCCUAAGCGGCGCCUUCUUAAGUUUUCCAGUUUGUUACUACACCACUUUUAGAAACCCAGGAGCAGGAGAGUCCAGCAAAUAUUCUUUUAACUUAGGCCUUACCUGUCUUUCUCUGUGUCCUGUGAAAUGCCUGCUUUGUGAUAUGUUGGGGUAAGAAAACCUUGUACCUCUGCUGGAGAGGAAAAGUAGGCCUAACUCUAUGUUCACAGAGCAUCAUGGGAAAUGAAAAUGUUGAUUUUUAACUCUUCCCAUUUUUAUCCUGAAGGCAGAAUACAAGGAGUUAUCAUGUCUUAGUUGUUGUGAUAAACUAAAAGCCAGGAUUUCUUCAUGAGUGGACUGAACUCAACAUUUAAAUAAGACUGAGAAACCAUGAGAGUAAAAAAAAACCACAAACAUUCAAUGGAAAUGGUGGGUAAAUAGAGAAAACUGACGAAGACAUAAGCUAAAAGUCAAGACAGAUUUAAAGAUGAAGUUAAAAAGGGGCCAAAAAGCUCACAGUAGCUUUUUACUGCUCAGUUAAAUCUCCCUUUCCCCUCUAACUUUAAGCCUCUAAAAUUAUCUCAUAAUUCCUAACACUUACACCUGCCUACAUCUAACUUAAGUAUAUACUAGUUAGGGGCACAGCAAUUCUUUUAGAUGUACCGAUUCACUAGAAUCAGUUCAUGAAAUAGAUUCAUUCAAAAGAUUCGUUCACCAAAUCACUGAAUCAUUUAGUGCUUGGCGGGAGAAGCCUGCGACUCUGACCUCCUGAACUGAUACACAGCUGAAUCUUUCAGGAUUCAGUUCAAUUCAUAGCUUCUGGGAAACGAGAGUGUUUGGCUGUGUUGCUUUCGCGAACAGGUUUGUAAAAAUGAACUUAUUUAUAAGUCAUGAUGUUUUAAGUGUACUGUCCUAUGGUGUGCUAUUUACCAGGUCUGCUUGGUAAUUUGGGGUCAGUGAGUGAUUCGUUCACGGCGGCAAUGAUAGGACAUGCUGUGUCCUAUUGUAUGCAAGUUGUUGUGGUGGCAAUUUAGCAGUGAAAAAAAGGUAGCUUUGUCCAACAAAAAUGAUUCCAGAGAGUGUAGUUCAAUGCCUGAUUCGUUCACCAAGUGAUUCAGAUGUUGGUGCAUGUGGUCCCUCAUUCGUUGGCUGCUCUACUGGCAAUGCUGUUUCUCACUUCAGCUCAAUUGAAGUGAGAAAUGAACGAAUCACUCGAGGAAGUGAUUGGGUUCAGUACGUUCACUUAAAAGAUUUGGUUCUUUUGAACGAAUCGUUUCGAAUGACACAACACUAGUAUACUGCCUACAUCAAAACGUAUUAUUGGUGAUGCUAUUAUGAUAAUUUCCUAAACAGUUUCCUUAAGGUGUGUAUUUCAAGGUAGACUGGCUGAAAAACAACUCUCUAAGCGAGAUCAUUUCCCUCUAAAGCUUUUUUCAAUGAUCAUGUUGGUGCAAAGUUCUUUGUGAAAGACGCACCAUCAAUCUUCUUUGACCCCCCGGCCUCAGUUUUUGAUGAAACAGGGACAUGUUUGUAUUUUAAAUGACUGUUCCUUGUGUCCCAUCCCUUGUGUGGCAUAGUAGUGUCUCCCUGCAUGUCAGGAUAACUGAUCACUGAUGUUGAUUGGCUCCCCAGUGUUGUGUUGCUCAUUAGCAGGAACAUUGCAGAUGCACUGAUUAGCUCCCGAGGGAGACUUUUCACUGACCUGGGAAAUGGGUUCGUAGAAUGAUGUGAAUGCAAUUUGUCACCUUGGGAACCUACAUGUUAUAAGACCCCACACUUGACCAUACACUGCAUCACCAUUUGUUACUAAUGGUUCAUUUUUGAAUCAUGAUUUGAACAGGAUAUUUCUGAUAUUGUGAUUUAUUUAUAAAGACAUGUCGUAUUGUAUGCUCAUUAAGUCACCACAUGCACAGUGCACACAUCAAAUCAGCCAGAUGAACCAUAUCAAGCAGUUCCCCCCAUUCCUUUGCAUGUGCUGUCCUCUCAUGUCAUUGUCCUACAUUAGUGAUUCCCGGUGGCUGCUUUGUGUCAACCUGACCUACAAUUGAACACAGUAGGUGACUCUCUCUCUCCUGGUAGUCACAUGCAAAUGCUCACUCUCUCGUAUAAUUUUAGUUUUCUCCUCUGACCUCUUUUCUUUCCCUUUUUAUUUGCCUUCAGGAAAAAAAAAGGAGCCGAGGCAGAAACAACGGUUAGGUUGUCAAUGAGACUAAAAUGUGGUUUCAUACAAAAAGAAUCAGAUAUUAAUGUGGGCCUUUAUUUAAAAACUUUAAAACGCUUUUGGAGUAAAUGUAAGUUAGUUGAUUUGAAUAAUAACACUGUUUGGGACAGAAAAGCUAGUUUUUUUUUAACACGAAGAAGAUACAAAGCUUUAUUAAAUUUAGUGCUGAUAGAAAUGUGCUGGCUGUGGGUAGCUGGCAACAAGUGUAAUCCAUUAUUCAACCACAGAGAAGGGUCUUUAACAGCUGCAUGUGAAUAUGGGAGGACCACAUUCAUGUUGAUGUGUGAUAUUUUACAUGAGGUUUGUUUGAUUCUUUUAGAGCUCUGCUUUCAGUCCCGGGGUUGUUGAUGAAAAGAGAUGAUGGAUGACAUAUAAUUUAUGUGCAACUUUUUUACAUUAUUGUGCAUCUCUGUCAUUAUCUUAAAUGCAACAUUGAUAUUCAGGAUUGUAUUAGUGAUCCCUCUGUGUGGGAAACCAGCUGCAGUAGUGUGGCAGAAUGAGGGUUUCCAUGAGGCCAUGUUACCAUGCAUGAAUAAAUGCAAACAUAAGCGAACAGUGAUUUAGGACUCUGGCGCAGACUUCCUCUUCCAUCCUGUUCAUAGAUUUUGUUCACAGACAGACCAGCAACUUGAGAGAAAUAGGAACUGGGGUGGGAAAUGGUUACUAAGACCAUAGUAUUUUUCUGCACUUAGAUGAAACUCUUAGCGUAAAAUAGCGUAAAAUAAAAAUGAUCAUCUUAACGUAAGAAUUAUUAAAUCAGAUAAAUGUGUCAAACUAACAAGUGUUUAAUAAUUACUUGUUCUCAUUGACCAUGUGCAGUUUUGGCAUUAUGUUUCAUCAUGUUUCCAUUGUGCUUUUUUUUCAUUGUAUCUUAACAGGAAAAUGUCUUUUGCGCCUUGAAAUUUAACAUGAGCUCUUUGUACUUUCUCCCAGGUGAAGAAGUUGGUUAUAUGUCUAGACUGUGACUCUCAUGGGAGGAUCACAUUCAAAGACUUCUGCCGAGGCGUCCUCGCCAUAAAAGGUUAGAGGAAGCUCCAGUAUGGUAUCUGAAAGUGUCGAUGAGAAUGUGUGAAUGCGUGGCUAUUUGUGGAAUUUCUGAGGAAACAGGACAGAAUGAAUCGACUAUGGAGUGAUGUAAUUGUUAGUGAUGCAGAUGUGUUGGUGUAAUGAGUGACCACGAAGUGGCUCUGUUACCGAUGUGUCAUUUCUGUCAAGUAGACUAUUAUGAACCAGAAGCUGCAUUUCUAUUGGUUUAUUCAACUCCAACUUGCACAAGAUUUACGACUAUCAAAUUACGUUUGUCUACUUUACUUUGGUGGCCAUUUCAAUAUUAUUUGCAGUUGUCUUUGAGUUACAUUUCCAAUAAAUGUUUUUAAUUCUUUUUUGUUCACUACAGAGACAAUUCUGUAUUUGAUUUUACAUUUUCUAGACAACUAUGCUGUAAAAAAAAUUUUUGCCUACCUGUCUAAAAGAACUACAACCAACCAUUGCAAAUGACUACUGUCACACCUCCAAUUCAGCUAUACUGUGUUGAGGUGUGUGCAUAGACCAAGUCUGACAACAGAAAGCCAAAAGGGUCAGCUAUCCAGAUACCACUGUAAAUAAAUUACUGUGUUUAUUUAGUAUAAACGAAUCUUUUUCUUUGAAACCCAAAUCACUAUUUUUAAAAGCAUUUUGACUUAAAAAUGAGGAAACAUCAGGGGAGGUACUUCUUUCAUAAACCCACCAUUUUUAUGAACGUUACAGAGCUAGCCUGUUUCACCAAAAGUAAUGAAGUUAGAUUCAUGCCACCUCAUCAGACUUCCUCAUUCAUAGUUCUCCUUUAUUUGUUUUCAGAGAAAGUCCCUUUUAAAACUGGGUCAUUUUAUCCACAACGGUGGACUGAAGCAAACUAGGGCACAGGAAGGGGCUGUUUUCUAAUGUGGCAUUGUUUAGAGGUUGUCAGGGUUGACCAGGCAAUAAUAACAAGAUAGUCAAUAAACACUGUGCUGCUGGUUCAUGAUCCUUCGAACCAAACAUGUGAGAGAAGUACAACCUAUGAUAUUCAUGAGGCUUUUAUAACACCCAGUUGAUCUUAAAUCCUAGUUAAGUCUUCUACUUGAAACAGUAUCAGUCCUUGGAAAGACUGAUCAAUACUGAGUGUAUUUACAGCAAUUGAAAAAAUGUUUUGUUGCAAUAUGUAAUGUGUGGUUGGCGUUAAUGCUGACCUUUAGAAAAUAAUCACCUAAACCUGCCAGCAUCCUUCAGCUUUACAAACUUUAUAACAAGUUUCAGCUCAUUGUUUAGCUUUCUGCUGGUUCACAACUUUACUAUUUUGGUUUCCAAAAAUUGUUGAUUUUUGCUCUAACAUACAGCUGUUUUUGUAUCUGUGAAAAAGCUAGAAAAACCCACUCUUAAAUACCUAAUCAGCUCCAAAUGACAGGCUGACAGCAAGUCAUGAAUAGAGAUUAGCAUUUUUUGCUUGACUGAUGGAUAUUUCCCUGAAGAGAAUCUAACUGUAAUCUGUUGAAAGUUCGAGGGUGGGUUUUAUUCAGAUCAAUUUAUUGAUCUAUUUGUGACACCUGAAGUCAGCUUUAUGUGCACAGCUCCUGGUGAAAUAUUUUUUUCUCACAGUGACUCUUUGAAAGGGUUUGGGUUCUUAAAUCAUACAUAGACUUCAUAGAUGACACCCCUUAGCUGCUCUUUUCAUCAAGUUUAACCACAAAAGCACUUAAUGUUUUUAUCUUGGUAUUGACCCACUGGUAUGCAGUGAUUUGGCUCUUUCAGAGAGGCUACUUCUUUUCUUAUUUCUUUGGGAGAUAAAAAGUGGAGAGGUAACAGAAAGUCUCAGAAAAAAAAAAUCUGUGAUGAGUCACAGAAACUUUUUUUCCCUUUGCAGGUUAUGCUGGAAUACCAAAAAAGAAAAAUGGAGCACAGUUCAUCACAGGGUCAUAUAAGACUACCGAGAGCUGCAACAAGGUGAGUUUUUGACAUUCCUUUGUCCCAAGAUGAUGAUCUGCAUUUGGGAAGCUGGUAGUGUCAGCCCCAGGAGUGUGACAAUGGUUUUCACAGCAGAUUGGAUAAUGUGUAAUGUAAAAAUAACUUUUAUGAUCAAAAGUCCCAUUACUUAACAAAUAGGAACGCUGUAGGAUAGUUGGAAUAAGCUGUUACUUCCAACGACCAGUAUGCAAACUAGUGAAAGAAAUGUUUUAAUACUCAUCCUAAAUAGCCCUUCAAUAAAGGGCUUUUUACACUGUGUUUUCCUGGUAGUUUGAUGAAUUUUACAAGGAGGCAAUAGGAAUGUGUAGAGUCAAGCAUUGGUGUUGCUUGUGGGUCAUGUCCUUACCACUAGGUGGCAGUGUCAGGCUGCUUUAUACAGAGUGGCAGUCACAGACAAUAAACAGCAAAGUGGCAUCAAUAAUACACUUGAGUAUCAGUAUCAGAACAGACGUCAUGGAUGACUGUACCUUUAAUUUAUUUAAUUCUCUGCAUGGGUUUAAUAAUGCAUUUAAAAGUUAGGUUUGACUUGAAAAUCUUUGUUUUAAGUUUGUGAAUUUUAUCAUAUACAUAAUUUUUUUCAAGAAUUAUAUAGAUAUUAGAUUGAUCGCAUAUUACUUUUUUAUAUAGUUGUUAUAUUGUCUUUUGUUUGACUCCAUCUCGUCUCCUGGAGUGCUGAGAUAAUUGGAUCAUUACAUAACAUCUAAAUAAGAGGACUGAUCCCCAGGUGUUACAUGUGACAGUCUCGGUAGUCCCGGCCUGUCUCCCUGGAAAUUUGUUACCGGGUACAUUGUAUUCCCUUUAACAUUAAUAACACAGAUAUUUUGCUCGGCAACAGAGUUUUGUAAACACAACACAACUCAGCUUCAUUGUGCAGUGUUUGUUGAAGAGUGUAGUUGUACAGUUUGCUACAAUAGUUUUGCUGUAGAUAUUUUUGUCUUCUGACCUGACUCCCAGGUUUAGAGAAGUGAAGAAGAGUCCCAUCGCUGCCUCUGGUGCAGUGUAACAUUUCACUGUACAAGUGGGGAAGUGCUCUUGAAAUAUUCAGACCUGGUGAAAUGUAACACGUUCCCUACACAGUACUUCUCUGAAAGGCAGCACAAAGCACUUCUGUUUUUUGGAAAUGCUGUCUCAUUUGUGUACUUCCCCUUGAAAAAAAGCUUAUAAAUAAGUUUCUGUAGCGGCAGUCAUACCAUUUCAUACUCCAACAGACAGUGUGCGCUGUUAUGCAAAAUUACUUUCCAUCCAUCAUGGUUUGUCAUUAUCUCCACACAGCAACAGGUAGGUGAGACUUGCUGUCACAGGUAGUUGCAGGUAUGGCUUUGUUUGUGUUGAAGCUUUUGGAAGUAUUUGCAAUAACAUGGAGACAUAGAUUCAUGAAAAAUACUGAAAGUAAAUAAUGAUUUUUUCUACACAGUGAUCAUUGCUCUCAAAAGUUAUUUUGAAGUGUUUUCAAAUCGCUCGUCUUAUGAUGGAUAUUUUUAUAUAAACAAAAGCCAACACUUUUAGUCGUCAAUUACAUUAACCCUGGAGAACAUAUAAAUCAAACCUUUUCUAUUAUCCAAACCAUGGCAACAAAUUAUGUUUAACCUUAACAUACAACUCGCUUUCAUUAUACAUCAUUUUGUCACUGAAAUAUUUAUUAUUUAGCUGGAUAUCAGACCAUAAAAUUGAUUGAUUGAAACAAGAAAUUUUAAAAAUGUUACAAAUUAGUUGCUUGUAUUUUUUUUUUAAAAUAAGGGCAAUUUUGAUGGUUAGUUUUAGCAUUAAUAUAGGUUGUUGAAUAAGCCUGGGUGGCUGUGUCUCUAUCACAUGUUGGGAAUUCAGAGUCCCACUCCUAUCAUUUUUUUUUUUUACUACUUAAAGUGUUAUCAGUGGUCAUUCAAUUGUGACAAAAAAUUUAAAAGUUUUUAGCCAAAUUCACAUUACCUGUCAUUUUCAAGGACUUUUCUUCUGCAGAGUUCCAGUAGCUCAUUAGCAAUUUGCCUCUGAAUCGUGGGCGGAGACAGCACUGCUCUGCACACUCCUCUUCAUGCUAGUUUGCAGCCUAGUUUGCCGGUGUAGUAGAAGUAGCAGGUUACAUAGGAACUAUUCAGCUCUGGGACACUAAUGUCUUUGGGGGAAUGAUGAAAGUUGGUAUCAUAAUUAGCUUUCUUAUGAGCAUUGCAAUCCGCAAACGCACACACUUGUUCCGCGAUCGUCCAGCGGGGCUGCAGGAGUGGAGCUUGGAUUUGCUACAUAGGAAAUCUCACUGUUUCUGAACCUGCCGUUUGGGUCUGUCAGAGAUUCACAGCAAUUUGAAUGUAGAAAUACUCAGAAAUGCUAUUUCGCACUUAUUUUUCUCAUGAUACGUCCUGUAGCAUCAGAAAAAUGCCAUAUGAACAUGUAGACAACAAGAAAAACAUGAUUUUCACUGAAGUGGGUCUUUUAAGUGUCUUACAGAUCUGCUUAAUAUUGUAAUAAUAAUAGCUAAUAGCUUUGUUAAACUCCUUUUGUAGAGCACAGUGCAACACUCCCAUCUUUUAGAGCGCUGCCUCAAGUGUUGAUAGCUCUGUUUAUUGUAUUUUGUACAAUAUUGCAUUCAUCACUCAUUUCAGAUGUUUCCCUCGGGUGAAAUACUCCUCACCUCUGAAAUGCAUAAGAAAGCAGCUUCCUUGUUUAGACUUGGAUGGAACCAGGUUUGUUUCGAGAACAACAAUACUGAGUCAUUUGUGGGCUCUUAGGAGUUUUCUCCAGCAGCCUUUUUCUUUUUCUCAUAUUAUAAAGUUGUUUCCCUCUUCUAGUAAAAAGAGAUAUGUGGUUUCUAUCUCUUUACGCCAGCAACCACUUUCGUUAACAUCUCUUCAGUCAACUGGGAGGCGUUAGGUCAACUCCCUGUACCUCACUGUCACAAUGCAGAAGUGUUUUUCCCUCCGGUUGGAUAAAAAAUUUAAUGCAUGUUUUUUCAAAUUAGAUUUAUGACCCGUAGAAGCUCAACUAUUUGGACGCUUGGUAUCUCAUUGUGAGGGAAAAAUGCUCUGGAGUAAAGUUGUGUUGCCAUAGCAAGGAGAGAGAGAGGAAUCCCGAAGCUCUCCAGGGCACACAACCCUGCUGGGAUGUGUAUUAGCGUGACUGCAUGUGUGUGUAUGUGUGUUUGAGUGUGUGUGUCACAGAGAGAAGAUAGAGAAGGAGUGAAAGACAAAAAGUCAGGAAGGUUAAAGGUGUCUCAUUAUUGCUAAAGACGUAUAAGGAGAGGAUUUAUUAGCUUGCACUCUCUGCAGGCUGCUUGGGUUCUUACACUGAAACGAAGCAGGAAAAAAAGUCUUGCUGUGCAUGAAGUGAGUCGGUCUCAAAAAAAAAAACAUCUGCAAUUUAGCAGAAUUUAAGGUCCUGAUGGAUGACAAGGAAGAGCCAGCACAUUUUGGUGAGGCUGUGAUGAGAGAGAUGGGAACAUUUUCAAUUUUAAAGGCCCAUCUCAGGAUCAGUCACCCACUGACUAUAUCCACCCACUAGAUAUUACUGAGUUUGGUUGGCAGAUAAGAAAAAAAACUGGGUGCACAGAUUGAAAUCUGCAUCCUUUGAUGAGCGUGCAUGGUACGCACUCAGUGCAAGUUGGUGCAAGCUGUUGAUAUUAGACGUCAACUUUCUUUUGAUGAAGACUCCCAUCUGCAACAGUUUCACACACUUUCUAAAGAAAUGAAGUUGCAAAAGUUGUUUUUUCUUUUCCCUCCUCUACUGUGCGCAAUGGCACACUCUCAUCCAUCACUCAUUCUCUCUUUCCAAAGUCCUUUUGAAAGUCUUUGACAAAAUUAUUAAGUCUUGGUGUCAAACGGGAUCUUAGAUACCGUAAUGUUUAGUGGGCUUAAGAUCAGAGGACAGUUGGCUGUAUAUCACACUGUUGGUGUAUGCGUAAUAAUGCAGCCUAUCUGUUGAUAUUUGUGAUGGUUGGCACUGGUGGUAAUGUCGAAGGAUUAUGACAAAUCUAGCUUUUAGCUGCAUGUGAGUGCUUGUGUUUAUGUAAGCGUGUGGGCAACAGUUAAAAAAGAGCUGGAGUUGCAUCACUGCAUGAUGUGUUAAAACAAGUUACAGACUACUGUAAAAGAAGUAUUACUAUUCCACAUCUACAUAUCACAUACAUACAUGGGGUAGUCUACUCCAUAGUGUGCAUGUCUUGUAAGCAUAAGCAAAAAAGAGUCUCUGCAUAGAGAGGAUUGAGUGUCUUGUGACCAUGUAUAAUUAAUGUUACCAGAAGAGCGCCACAGGAGGGGGACACCGUGUUUACAAAUCUGUGGGUUGUUGUUUUUUUUCAUGCACAUUUAUUUUUACACAGCUCUUUUUACAUUGAGCUAUACAUUGCAGGCCCGUGCAGAUAAAAUAUGAGGUUAGGGGGAAGCCUGAGCUUUGUGUGAUCAUUAAGGCAAGGCAGAUGCAAGCAAUGAGUAAAAUAUGAACAGUACUGAAUAUUUUUAUUAAUUCAUACUUUAAACUUGUCACAGGAAGAGAGAGUGUUAAGCUAACAUGGUUCAUCCUGAUUGCAAUCCAGAUGGAGUGAGCGGGACUCUGGCAUGAAGUGAAGGGGUCUUUUUCUCUAACAAGUACCAACAAGUGGACACAAAAUGUUGAUUUAAAGGCAAUGUUAUUAAACUAUAAACAUUAAUGCCACUAAUAUCACCCCUAAUGGUUUGGAUUACCAUAUAACAACUGUUAACCCUCUCACCAGUUCACAUAAUGACAUCUAAUAGGGCUGGGCAAUAUGGCCUCCAAUCAAUAUCACAAUACCCCCACUCUUUUGCCACUCCAGGAGCUACACUGUUGCACUGAUGUUAUGUUAACCGCGCUACUCGCUAUACAGACCGUGUAUAAGCUUAAAUGCUACCCUUCACAUUGGUGGAAGAUGGUCUUACAGGAUUUGAUGUGCUCGUUGAUGACUUAAAACAAGUCGAAAAUAACGUUGUGUGUUGUGCUCACACAGUGCGAGUAGAAUCAUUAGUGGCGCAUUGAUAUUAAUGAUUAAUGUGAAAUUUCAGGAGCGGCGCACGUAAUUUAGAAUGAAUGAAGGGGAAACACUGCUGAUACUUAUGAGUCCGAGGUAGAACUAUGCAACAUAAAAACUAUUUGUUUUUUAGGUGUGGCGGCUUUUAUUAGCCGUGGCGGUGCGCCACGAUCAAUUGCAUGUAGGGGAAAUCCUGGCCUUCCUACACACACCUGAAACCAACUUCUAUUUAUUUUUUUGACACUGAAUAAACCAAUAUGGGCAAAAUGACCUUGUUAUUGUAGUAAAUUUCAGUAUCAGUAAAUUUACGGUUCAUCGCCCAGCCCUAAUGUCUAAUACACAACAGGCUCGCUCUCCACUUUUUUACCAUCAGAGAUGUUUGGGGUCGAGUUGCUCUCCAGGCUGGUAUCAUAUCUGUCAUUAUCUCCAAGCUCUUAAAACCAGCCUGAUAUGGAAACUAACAUUUCUCCUCUAAUGGUUACUAAUCUAAUGCUACUGAGAUUCAAGUACCUUUUGUUAUUGGGUAUCAAGUAUUUAACACAUAAUAAACUUAAUUAAUCUGUCAAGAAACAUUUAUACAGAGGCUUAAAUGUGAUGAUAGUGAUGAAGUAGAAGUGUGUAUCCCUGUUUUAACCUCUGACUUUGACAGGGGGCUAAUAGAUUAAAAAAUGUAAGCCCUUCUCAGUUGUUGAAACACAGAUAAAUGCAUUAGAGUACAUACUCACAUUAAACAUUUCUUCACGAGAGACACUUUAGACCUUAAGUUAACAGAUGUGUUUACCACUUGCGUACAGCGCUCCUUUUCCAGCCAAAAACCUAACUGAACCUGAUCCUGAAAAUCUGUGUUUGGCCCAGAUUUCCCCCGCUUCUGCAGAAAAAUAAUCAAUAAUUCAAACAUGACUUGUCCUGUCAUGGAGAGAUGUUAAUGUUUUUCUCCUUGGGGUUUUUCCAGCAGGUUUGAGGAAUCAUCUGUGCUCUCUUCCUCUCAAACUAUCCCCCUCUUUAAAGCUUGUCACACAUCCUCCCUGGGUCAUCGACAGAGAUUACUUUCAUGUGUAUUACAGCUGCAGAAGUAGGGUCAGUCACCAUCCUCUCACCUUCAUCUCUAUUUUUCAUUCUCUGCUCUAGUUUUGUUCACCAUCCUGUUUCAUAUGUGCACCUGUUGAGAGCAAAUCUCUUGCUUUUAUAAAUAACCCAUCACUCUAGCCCUCUUCUGCUGUUUUUACUUCACUUUUCUCAUUUAUUUUGGGGGAUUCUCUUUCAUCCAUUGGUUUAUUUCUCUUGCUGAUAUCCUCUCAAUACUCCCCUUGCUUGUCUACAUCUUGCUUUUCUGUCCUUUUGAUUUGCCAAUCUUUCCCCCUUUUUCAUUAUUCCGUUUUCUCCUUUUCUCCAUCCCUCCACGUUAGCGCUUCAGAUGAACGGUGAGGAGGAGAUUGCUCUGCCGGCCUCUGCACUCAUUUUAUGAUCUGAUUAAAAAAGGUGAGAUGGGAGCAAAGUAAGCCUGGGAGUUAAAAAUCAAACCGAACAUGAAAGAGUGAUAUCAAAGUCAAACAAAGGGAAGUAAAACAAAACCAGCAAGACACAAAGAGCUUCACUACAAUGGCUAUUGUUUCCAAAAAGCACGGGGAAGAUCAGUGUGAUUAUAUUGCAGGGAACAUCUUUAUCACUGGCUGCAACAUGAAUAUUUCCUCAUGAUGACUCUCAAUAAGUCUGCACCGGUGAAGCGGCCAAUUAACUUUAAGGCUAAAUUAGUUUUUAAACAGAGAAUAUAUUAUAUGUUCAUAUAAUUGUGCAUUUGGGAGUGAUGUCUGUCUAUCAAAAAAUAUUCUGUAAUUGGAUUUAUGUUCAAGUAUCUUUUUUAAAGUUGAAAAUUCAAAUGGGAAAACUAGUAAUAUUUUGUUUGAAACAUGAAAAAUAAAAACUUCAUGUAGCCGUCUGCCUCUCAAGUUCCAUCCUGGGCUUGUUCGAUGGCGUGGUCGCAACACUGAAAGCUCUGCAAGGACAGUCACAAGAGUUGAAACUUCAUUAAUAACCAAUGACUGCACUGACUUCGCUUUCAAAUAAAGGACAGCAGAAGAAAUACAGGAAGUGUGAGGAGUAGAGAGUCGGGCAAUACAUGCAGCAAAAAUUGUGGUGAUUAGGGGUGAAACCAGAGGCUGCUGUAACAAGAACAUUAAAGACGAGUCGAUCACCAAGUGCAACGGAGAAUUUAUGAUUAUUACUUCAUGGAAAUGCAAUCAGACCGAGACGCUAAGGCAGAAGAACUACCGCAUCUGCAGUGCACAUUCAAGAUACAGAAGAACUCUGAUUGCAUUGCCAUGAAGUAAUAAUCAUAAAUGUUCUUCCUUCAGCUGCGAAACUCUGCUGCACUCUGUGAUCGACUCGUCAGGGCUCCCCCACAAACAAGUGGCUGCUGGAGGAGAGUGGGUGAGUUGUAUUUAGUCUCUUUGCUUAAGAAACCAGGCAAAGCUAGAAAGAUGUUUGUUGGCUGGGCUGAGACCCUAUAUGUACUGUUGAUGAAGCUAGGUGCUGUUCUGAGCAUUAUUUGUGGCUAUAGAGUGGCGUUUUGGUUGAGGUUUUGGAGACGUAGACCGCUGUGUAUUGCUAUUGUACGGUUCUUACUAAAGUUGGUAUAACUAGAGAAGCAAACAGUCGGCAACAUUCAUCUCUCGAAAAGGUGUCUAACUCGAUGUUACGGUGUGUUUGACCCUGACUUAAAUUUACAGCAGAAUAUCCCUUUAAGAUAAGAACGUCUCUAUUGAGGGAAACAGUAGCUUCCGACUAAGUGUCUUGUAUUUUUAUUUUUUUAAUGUUUUGAAUUUGCUUGACUAACACAGAGAACUUUGUGACUGUUAAAAAAAAAUCCACUGUUGACUGAUAAACCUGCUGACAGCCAUGGAAAUCUGAAGAUAUGAGACGCCACAUCUGGUAUAAUGUGAUCUGAUGGGACAUUAUGACAGGCUGUCUUUGAGAUUUACCAUAAUUCUUGUGAUCAGGGGACAGUGCUGGCAGUGCCUUUGCACUGUGACAUCUCGUAAUGAUCCGCUCUAGUGCUGGACGAUAAUUCGAUAACAAUAUAUAUCGAUCGAUAGACGUGUGGUGCAAUAGAAAAAAAACGGGUCGAUAAAAAGUUCGAUAGAAAAACACAGUUUCCCUUUCUUUUUCAUCAUAGCCUAUCAUGUAGCUUUUACUACAGUCAUUACUUCCUCCCAACCAAUCACAAACGCAGACCCAGGUACGCUACGGCACCAAGCCCAGCCCCUAUCAAACCACAACAGACAGCACGUGUAUUAGAAAAAAUGAUACAGCAAGGAGAAGCAGAGGACAUUGUCCCGAAAAAAGGUUUCAGUAGUUCACCAGCAUGGCAAUGUUUUGGUUUUUAGAAGUCUGACAAAAAGCGAACAGCGGUCGUUUGCAAAAUUUGCAGAGAAUUAGUAAAAACGAAGUCUGGUAACACAACCAACUUGUUUUACCAUCUAAACCGAUCGCACCCGCAGGAGUACGAGCUGUGUCGGCCGCGCCGCGGCUCCACGUCAUCGUCGGAGGAAUCCUCUGGAACCGCUGCCAGCACCAGCACAAAGCAUGUGAAGCAGACCAAACUGGACUUCGUUUCUUGCCAAAAUACGACAAAGCGUCCGAGCGGCAUAAGGACAUCACCCAUGCAGUAACAUGCUCCAUAGCGAGGGACAUACUGCCAAUAACUACCGUUGAAAAGCCUGGCUUCGACCAGCUUCUAGCCACUCUCGACCCGCGAUAUGAAGUGCCCGGCCGCAAGUAUUUCUCAAACACAGCGCUUCAGGCAUGAAAAUGGGUCAGGGGUUGAAAAGGUGAGAAGGGUGCGGAGGAAAUACGUUCCCGUCCACUCAUUAGCUUCUUAAAGUGGAAGAAAAUGAGCUCAUAUUUUACAAAGACGCGAGUAUUUGGAUCAUGGCUACUAGCAGGGGGUGCAUUCGGCAGGGGUGCAUUCUACGACACAACACCGGCGUGGAUAAGUCCUGCUUCUCGUGCUUAGUUUGUGAAUUAAGUCAAUCACAUGAUAAUUAAAAAAAAUAAAUCUCCCGACCCCGGGAGAAAUAUUUCAGUGUUCAGACACCAGGCUGUGGGCAGUUUCCCACACAGUUAAAACUGGUAGUAUGCUAUUCCCACCUAAAGCUAUUCUGUUUAUUUAUAUAUUUGUUUGUUUUGUUUAUUUUCAUCAAAACACUAUUUAAAUAUUUAUUUAUCAGAUUUUCUGGUCACUUUAGUCUUUAUGUUUGUCAGUAUUUACUGACGUCACUCAGGCCACUUAAGUUGAUUUCUUUUUUUUUUUAGUUCUUUUUUAAAAAACUUUCAGUUGUCGUAAAAUAAAAAAGGUGGUUAAAUAAAGGUUUGAAUUUGAAUUCAGUGCUUGUGUGUUCUUUAUUAAAAGUAGGUCAUUAAGCAAUAGCAUAAAACAUCCAGGGCUGCAAUUAAAAUAUAUGUUAAAUAAUAAUUAUAUCGAUAAUUAUCGAUAUCGAUCAAUAUGAUUUAUUUUUUAUCGAUAUGCUUUUUUUCUAUAUCGUCCAGGCCUAAUCCGCUCUUGUCUCAGCUCAUAUUUGGAAUUUCAUAUUAGACAGCUUUCAAAAGGGCUAAAGCCAGAAAUGAGUGAAAUAAGUCAGUUUUAAAAUACUAACCUAGGGUGGUAUUUUACUUAAAGAUAACAUAAAUAUUUUAACUAUUUAUAAUAUUGUGGUAAAUAUCCCUUGACUCCAGCUUUAGCUACUAUAUAAAUUGAAGAAUUACACGACUGUAGUAUUCCUGGUUUGGUUUGUGGUGCAGGGAUAGUAUGUGACUUACCUAACUGUAGCACUUAAAGCCUAAAGCAAAAUUUAGUUUGUUUGUCAAUUACAUUGAAGGCUAGGGCUGGGCGAUAUGGCCUCAAAUCAAUAUCACGAUAUAUUGAGCAGUUGACCUCGAUAAUGAUGAAUUUGCGAUAACUACUCCACAAGCUGCUAAUCCCCUCCCAUUAACUUCGUCUACUUCAGCCACCACUCCAACUUUUGAACCGUCCUCCAUCUCCUCACCUGUCUUUCCCUCUUUGUUACGGGCUGGAUGGGGUGGAGUCACGUCUCAGACAUAGGACAGCGUCUUGAAGGGACAUGAGACCAUAGCCUACCUACACACAUCCAAAACCAACCUUUAUUUUAUUUAUUUUUUUUGACACCAAAUAUAUUGACAUGGGCAAAAUGACGUCAGUUAUUGUCGCAAAUUUUCGGUUUAUCGCCCAGCUCUAAUUAUGGCAUUUAGACUCUGAGACAUCUUAGAGAAGUUAAGUAAAGGAAGAAUGUAUGUGAACACCAUAAGCUUUAUCUACACCUAUCAUAGCAAGAGAGGAGAAAAGAAAAAUAAUGACAUAAAGGAGUUGGAGGAUUAAAAAAAAGAAGAUGUUAAAUGUGUGGCAAUAGCGGUAGAAGGAAAGAUAGAUGGGAUGCAGCGAGUCAAGUGUGACCUGAUGGAUGUGCAGGAAUGAGAGUUUGGACAGAGAUAAGAGCGGAGAAAAAUGUAGAGAGUCUGGAGAGAUAUGAAAGAGGAAUAGAGAAGAAAAACAAAGGGAUAACAAAAGAAUGAUAAGAGGUGGAUGGAGAGAGAGAACAGAAGCUGCACCUUUAUCUAAUUUAUUAAUGAUGGAGCCACUUAGCCUGUGGAUGUGAGUGACAGGGCUUUUUAAUGAAGGUGACACUCAUCAGACCUCAUUUUUACAUCAGUGACCAGUCUGUGCUCGAUGUGCAGAGGAAAUCAGAAGAAAAGAGUGAAGUGGAGAUGAUGAGUCGGGAAAUAAGCAAUAGUUGUGUGUGGGUCUUUUUGCCAAAAAAAAGGAGACAUAAUGGGUUCACAGACCAUAGAAAUAAUAAUUAAAAAAAAAAUCAAGUUAUGCUACCCAAGAAUUUGAAAGCCAUAUAUGUAGGAAAUGUCAAAUCUUGAAAAAUCUUGAAAGAUUUGUACUAUUUUUGUGACAGGUUAGAGGGAAACAUUGCAUCAUUGUCAUUUUAUUUUUAAUUUUACAGUCACUCUACUUUAUUUUGCCCCCAAAUUCACAAAGAAAAUAACUGAAAAACCUGAAAAUUCAGUUUGAUUCAGUGGGACUCAAUUUGAUUUUGAUUCUUGACAUCACAAUUAAAUUCAAAAUCUCAUGUUGUAACCUAGAAGGUGCCUAUUUCAGGUUUGUUUUGGUUUUAGUAUAAUUUAGUAAAUUAUUAUAUGACCUUUAAUCAAAAAAUGUUUGAGUUUAUAAACCUUCUAUUGAGUUACAUUUACUGACUAUUAGUGGGAAUUCUUAGAUUCUGUUUCACAAGAACAAGCUGCUUGCACUGGAGCUGCUGAGCUGUCAAAGUAUCCCAACCAGUGAAGGAUACUCAGACUGACAACAUGUCAGGUGUUUGAAAUAAAAACAGGUAGAGUUAGCCAGGAGUUUGGUACAGUGGUGGGAUGUGUGUUGGUCAUUUGUUGUUGAUUAAAAUUCUACUUCUUCAGACUCUCUGCUGGAAAAACUGUGCUGGAAAAGGCCAAACAAACAGCUGUAGUCACAGGUAAAACACACAGAAGUCGGCAUUUUCAACUAGCAGCAAAACACUCAAGGUACCUCGGCUAAUGUACUGUGUGAGAUGCAGGAACAAUCUGGCAGUGGAGAGGCUUCUGAGUAGAGCUGAAGAGCUGCUGGUGAUUGCAGUGAUUGUGUGCAGGUGUGAGUGUGCAGGGAGAGCGAGUGCAGGAGGGAACCACCCAAUCUCUGUGAAAAGAGGACAAACAGACUCCACACAAGGAACAAAUCCAGAAUUCAACAAAAUAAAAACCAAAAAUAUUGCAACGGUACGACUAUUAAGACUUAUCUGUGAUGCAUGUGUCCAUCUCUGCCAUGAAACACUGCCCAUGUGUGUUCAAGUGUAAACCUAAUGCAGCUCUGUGGAAAAAAACAUGCUCAAUCAAUCACACUGCUGCAGCCAGUCAACCCAAUAUUGUGGAGUUGCAAAAUUUUUCCCACACUGUUCAAGUAGAGACGAUUGAUUGAUAUAACCAAUGAAGAAAUGUAUUUAACAUCCUGGUAAACACUAGGAAAGGUGCAUGUUGCUGUAACGAAAAAAAAAAAAUCUCGAGGGCUAUUUCCUCCUUUUUGCAUCCCUCAUUUUCAUUCACCAAAAAAUAAGCCAUUUAAAAUGCUGGAUGCAGAGUCUGGCAUUGGUUGCGUUUUCCAUUGUCUCAGUUUUACAUCAGAUUCCCAGAAUUAGAAAAAGCACAAACAAUAGGUUGAUUGGAAGGGAAGGGAAUUAUAUUUUGUUUAUUCGGAGGAGCACAAACAUUACUGCCUCACAGUUUUUUGGCACCCAUGUCUGCGGCUCAGUUGGUUAAUUAAACUUCUGAAAGACUUUCAUAGAAACACAGACACAUACACACACACACACAGGCACGCACAAAUACACUCACAGAGGCACGCACACAUACACUCACAGAGGCACGCACACACACACUGUCUGGAAUAGAGACAAGGCGCAGCAGAGUCCCUCCAAUAACAGUCAAGGACACACGGAGCAGACAUGAUUAUCCUGUAACUCUCUGGCUAUAAAUCUGGACUGCUAAUGAACAGAAACAUCACUCAUUCACUCUAAGAUCCCUUCUCUUUACAUUUCUUGUCUCUGUUACUUUUUUCCAUUUUUAUAUACUGGACAUUUACAUGUUCUGUCUUAGUCUUGUUUAUUUUUGCAUAGAUAUCCUUUUCUGUUUUCAUGUUGUCAGUCACUACAUCUUCCUACUUUUCUUUUCUUGUCGUACUGCACAGCAACAGUUCAAACAGAAACGUGCAAGUAAUUCUCUUUCAAACAUCUGGAAAAAGACCCAGUCCACUAGUGUUUUAUUGCCUCAGACAGUCCCACAAUAAUGACAUAGCAUGUAUUUAAAUCUGAGACCCAUUAUCAGACACCUACAUUAAAAGAUGUAACGCUGAAUAUUCAAUUAUGUUACAAUUGAAGCUGGAGGUGUUGUUGUGAGGUGAAUUUAAGAACGUCCAGGGUUAGGAGGCUGAGGUAGGAGGUUUCACAGUUAUUUCUGUUGUUCCUCUUUAACUAGAUCUAGUGUAAGUUUGCACAACCUCAGUCUGACUUUGAGCAAGAUUUUACCCUCUCCUUAUGUGUGUGUUUGUCUGUGUGAGUGUGUGUGUGUGCGUCUGUGCGUGUGUGAGUGUGCACUCAAGUGUAUGUCAUGUUGCCACAGGUUCAGACCGUCUGUUAGACAGAGGUCACCUCCUGCCAGCAGCAUCUGGGCAGAGAGCAUGAAACACAUGGGCUAUUACGCACACAUACACACGCACACACACACACGCACACACACACUUGCACUGACAAACAUGAAUUUGCACAUCUAUUUACGUUUUUUCUCAUACUUACCCAUGCACAGUCAGAUAGGGGUUGGUUUAUUUUUUACCCUCUAUGUGUCCUUGUGGCUGGUGAGUUAUUUUGCUUCUGCCUCAUCCAGGUAGUUAACUCUUGUCAGAUAUGGAGAAUCUGUAUUUUCUGCCCUAAGUUCAAAGUAGACAUUUAGGAAAACUUAUGGGAAGAAGAAAAAAUUAAUAAAACUAAUGCUGUAAAUUGCCGCUGGGGCAGUGUGUCCUUUGAAAUUAUGGUCUGGUAUCUUUCCCUGCUUGUCCUCACCCUUCUGAGUGAUUCUAUAAAUCUCUUGUACUUGGAUGUAAACAAGCAUCUCAUCAUAUAGCUUUUUCUUUGUAUUUGUGAUCUGGUAAUGGACAGAAAGUUGCAUGGAGCCUGGCAUAUUACCAGUCAUCUGGAGUAAUAUCCAGCACAGGCAUGAUGGCUUGGAGGUGUUAGCAGGUAGGGCUGGGCGAUAAACUGAAAAUUUACCAGUGCUGAAAUUUACGGCAAUAACCAACGUCAUUACCAUGUCAAUAUAUUUUGUGUCAAAAAAAUAAAAAUAAAUAAAAGUUGAAGACGUGACUCCUCUCCAUCAGGUCUGUAACAAAGAGGGAAAGACAGGUGAAGAGAUGGAGGACGGUUCAAAAGUUGUAGUGGCUGGAGCGGCGGCUGAAGUAAACGAAGUUGUGGGAGGGGGUGAGCAGCUUGUGGAGUAGUUAUCGUCCAUGUAUCGUUAUCGAAGUGAAUUGCCCAAUAUAUCGUGAUAUUGAUUUAAAGCCAUAUUGCCCAGCCCUAUUAGCACUGCUAAUGUUUACCACACUCUACAAACCAAAUUGACAUCUUGUCCUGCCGACAUUGUGAUCCUGAGUUUAGCUUAUUUAGGGAACUUGUAGGUCAGUUUGUGUGUCAGAAUGUGAAUUUCCAUUCAUACGCUCAUUUUGAUUGAUAUUUUGAUCACAGUUGUAUUGCACAAUUACUUACUUAAAACUCCUUAAAACUUGAACAUGCUAAACUCUUUCAAAAACAAGUAAGGUCUGACGGUCGUUCGUUUAUUGGCGAUCAUUUCAAUCAGCUGUCACCUUUCUCUAUCAGAGAGAAGUCCUCCACCUGCAUGCUCCACCAAGAGACUUGUGAGGAAGUCCAAAAAAGUCACCUAGACCUUAACAACCUGAGAGUUGUCUUUAGUUUUCUAUGUGUACAAGCAGCUUCAGUCUGGCUUUGGUCUUCUGCAGAGUCUAUUUUUCUUUUCAUGCUCCACUUCUGGCCUGUAAGGGAAAGAAAAUCAAACCCCUUUUUAGGUCUUUGCAGUGGUAGGAAAACACAUUACCCCUGUACCAUCUGUUUGGUCUGGGUAUUAUUAAAUAAAACAAUUAACCCUCUCCCUCUUACUUUCUGUCUCUCCUCCAGUAAAUUGCUGUCAUCUCUCGCUGCUGUUUUAUCCCUCGGCUGCUGCUGGAGGUUUUCAAAAAGCUCUGUCCAUCCGUCUGGCUCAUUAUCCAUAAUUUGUGCCCAGACCUUAUCUCCUCUACUUGGAGCGGAAACACUGCAUUUCUUACUGCACUGUUACUGCCUCUAACCUCUCCCCCCAAUCAGAGUCAACAUUUAUUCAUAAGCAGCUGAAGGCCAGUGUAAAAAGCAAUGCACUCUUCCCUGAUACGCCAUGCCUGGUUUAACCAUUGAUUUUUUUUUCCACCAGCUCUUUAGAUCCUCUUAUUUCUUCCCUUUCCUUACAGUUUUUUCCUCCAUUUUCUUUGAGUUUUUCUCACCAACUAGCUUUCAAAUCAGUUCACCAAUUCGUCUAUUUUCUUCCACUUUUACUUUCUCAGUUCUCUCUCUUUUCUGCACUCUCUUUCUCUUUCUAUUUGUUUAAUUAGGUCGCUGAUGGUCCUGUGAUGUUAGGACUGAAUAGAGAAGCUGUCACAGGAGCUCAGUGCUGGAUGGCUGCCUCCUCCUUCUCCCCUUUAUCGCUCCCUCUGUCUCCCUCCUCUCAUAAACAACAGAUAUACACAGUCCUACUCGCAGUGGGAGAUAUGGCAUCACACUCGAGGGGUUGAGUUGCAAAACUGACUUGAAAUUACCAUGAACUUGUAAGAGAUUGCAUUGUUGAAGAAAGAUAGUAUUUCACAGUUUAAUGCAAAUUAAAAUAAAAAUAGUUGUCAAUAAAGUUUGGCUGCAAAAAAUCAGAACAAAGAGUGUAGUGUACUCUCUCCAAGCAUUAGCAUUUUAGAGCUACAGUUAUCCAUUGUUCACAUGAGGAAAACAAAUUAAUUAUGGGCAUCUUUUGCUUUCUAGAUUCUCCUAUUGUGAUGUUUUGUUUUGUUUUUUUUACACUGCAUUGUUUCAGCUAUGAGGAAACAGACAGGUCAACAGUAAAUGUGGCGAGUCAAAGGGGUAGUUUCACAUGUAAACGUCGCCUCCAUCUCUGCAGGUUUACAAUGCGGCCAUAAAGGAAGUUCACGCUUGCAUGAACUGUUUCAACAGGUGCGUCAACAGGGGUGUCACACUCACACUUUAACCACACUGUAACAUCACUGUCAGCUCCAAUUCCUUUUUACACAGGAAAGAGAACCGUGAGUGAAAAAAAGGAAAUAUUUAGUGUCAAUGUUCUUGUGCUUGUAAAGGUGUUAUUUUAUGUCGUGGUUGUGUUUUAGUUCAGUAUGCCUCCUGUUGCUUUUUGCAAACUGCUGUGAAGAGCUAUAAAGUGAAGAAAUGGCAGCAGUGUUUACGUGAAACAGCAGUAAAAACUCCCGGCAGGAUCAUUAUUUAUGAAAUAUUACAGCUAUGGCGAGGCCUUGAAAUACAGUUACUCUGAAUAGUGGCCUCACAAACCCAGUGUGCCUUAUUUGCUUACCUAUCUUCUGUUUGUUUGUCUUCUCUCUGGGUGCAUUUACAUUCUGUGACCUUGCUUAGUAACUUCUCUUAUUGUCCAGUGUGUUUCUUUCUGUCUGUCAAGUUAAUUAGCGUCUGCUGUCUAGUUGAAUUGUUUUGGUGCAGCUCACACUACUAACCCCUGUAACCUUUUAAUAGAGGAAGUAAAAUCUGCUACUUCAAGCUGAACAUCCUCCUGACGCUCUGCAGCACUUCUUCUUCAGCCCUGACCUACAAAUACAAAGAGGAGUUGAACAAAAUGGUUCAAGUUUUAAAGAAACUUCUGAAUGAUGUUGUAACCUCUAAACGCACGUCUCUUUUCAUUAUUUCUCUUUUUGCCGCUCUCUCUCUCUCUUUCCUCAUCUCGUCUCGGUUUGUAAUCAGGCCUGUCUCUGUCUUUCAUUUUCCCACCUCCUCAUUGAGCCCUCUGUCCCAGUUGUCUGGUAGUGAUUUGACAGAUGGAUGGUGCAUUGAUUACCAGGCUUUGAUCUGCUGUCAAUCACUUGUUGGUCCAGCCUGCUCAGCACACAGACACAGGAGACUAUGUGUGUUGAUCACAUCCCUUUUCUACCCGUGAUAUCUUUUUUCUUGAGAAGACACUUAGACAUGAAAUGAGACAACUAGAGGGCUUCAAUUUGCAAAGGUAGAAAGCUUAGACGUAAGUUGGAAGAAACUUACAUCGUAUUUGUUAAUUAACAGGUUUUUGUUGCUCUAAAUGAAGCUAACAGAUCUCCAUAGCCUAUUUUGUGUACAAAGUAGAAAACCAAAGUACAUCUCCUUCUUGUUUAUGCCAUCCAUCUGCCAAGAUAUAGUCCCACUUGGACAACUUCAACAGUAAAGCAUGUUAACUAACAUGUGUUUGUGUGCAUUGGAAUAUUAUGCAUCCAGAUUAUAUGCAUCUCUGUGUCUCUAACUUUAAAUUUUGGGUCAAAAUUUUCACUCAAAAAGCAAAACUCUCCAGGUGAUAUAGGACUACUGCAUCAUACUAGGGCUUGGCGAUAAGGCCUCAAAUCAUUAUCAAGAUAUAUUGAGCAGUUCACCUCUGAUGCAGCCGCUACAACUUCUGAACCGUCCUCCAUCUCCUCACCUGUCUUUCCCUCUUUGUUACGGAGUCACGUCUCUGAUGUAGGUCAGCAUCUUAAAGGGACAUGAGACCAUAGCCUACCUACACACAUCCAAAACCAACUUUUAUUCAUGUAUUUGACACCAAAUAUACAGAUAUGGGCAAAAUGACAUUUAUCGCCCAGCCCUACAUCAUUCGGUUGACCAUAGUAGCUACGAAAACAUUCAUUUUUCUAGGCAAAUUUUUGAAAAUAUUCCUUUGAAACACUGUCAUGUUUCAUUUGGGGCGGCAGUAGCUGAGGAGGUAGAGCAGUCAUCCAAUAACUGGAAGGUCGGCGGUUCGAUUCCCCCCUAUCCCCAGUAUGUUUAGUCCUUGGGCAAGACACUUAACCCGCUUUUCUCCCAGUGUGUGUGUCCCCCACUGGUGUAUAAUUGUGAGUGAUGUUUGGUGGUGGUUGGAGCGGCUGUUGGUGCAAACUGGCAGCCACGUUUCCAUCAGUCCGCCCCAGGACAGCUGUGACUACUAAGGUAGUUUACCACCACCAGGGUGUGACUGUGUGAGUGAAUGAAUGAUGUAUCCAAUGUAAAGAGGGUUUCUAUAUAAAAUCUGAUGACGCAUUAUUUGAAUACCAUCCUAACCUGUGCAUGCCAACUCCUCCAAAUAUCUGUAUCAUUGUCCCCCUCUGAUACACAUCUGUUAUUUAUAACCACAAUCCAGAUUAUGUCCCACAUGUGUUCUCACCAUGUGAACAGUAAUCAAUACCUCUUCAGUUUUUUGAGUGUGAUCCUUUCCCUGCAGGCAUGACUGACCCAGUAGCCUGGUUUCACUCAUAUUUCAGCUAUCACUGACAUAGAUAGACGUGUGCAGGAGAAAGCUGCUGAUCUUUGACGUACUUAGGCUGAAUUACAUCUGUAGAAAAUAUAUUAUGCACUUAAUCAAUUAAUUGGAUCUCGCUUUUGUUAAACAUCAACAUGGUGAUUUUUUUUAUAACUCUUAUUUUAUAAAGAACUGCUGUUGUUCUUCAAAAAUCAGUAUUCAUAUAUCAGUGUUUCACUUUAGGGUUUAUCUGGUUGUAUGCACGUGUCUUUCUCCUCCUGAUGUAGUGUAGUGGGUUAGUGUAACACAAAAUUUAAACUUUAAUGAUGCACACAUGUAUUUUUCAUCUCCUUCCUAAAAAACGGUUGUGUUUGUCCUGUAUUUUCAAUCACACGCCCUCAAUCUUAUUUAUUCAUGGGCACACUUUUUCUGUCAACACCAGCAAACUCGAGAUAGCACUAAAAAUGAUUCUGUAGAUUUCAGGCCUUUUGGUCUCACUCGCUUAAUUGCUUGCCUAAACUUUCAAUGACCCCAUCCUCUCAACGCCUCUGCUGCCUUCAUUGUCAUCGUGGUGAAUUUUACAAAGUAGUGCAGUUAGUUCUUGCGUGUUGUCAGGUUUCAGGCUCUGUAAUAGAUCUCUGUCUCAAAUAUGCUCCUCUCAACCCUAUAUAAUGAUUGAGGUUAGACAUGGUAGCUAAAGCGUAAUGAGAGGUUAGUAACUGAUUAAAGAUCUGUAUAAAUUUGAUCUAUGAAUGUGUCACUAUACUGUUCCAGUUGUCUCAUCCAUGGCAUUUUUAAAACUGGUGGGUCUGUAAUUAUGUGGUGCAGGAAUCAAGCAUGCUGUGCAGUUCUCGGCACUGAAAACAAGGUAAUGUUAGGCCAGAGCAGGAAUGGGAGCGCUGAUGGCCAAAGGGUUUGAAAUGAGGUCAAACAAGACAUUGAGAUGACGUGUGGCAAUGUAUCAUAUACUGUAUGUGGAAAUCACAUGCAAAUUUAUGCACCUAAAUUUGCAGUGUCUCUGUCGUUUGUUUAAAGUCUGCACGUAUACAAGAGUAGCAGCAGAGCUGUUGGCAUUCACGGUGCCUGGCCUAAAUAAGCAGCCUACCAACCCACUGCCCCUGAAGAGCAUCCCUCGUUUGUUUUUCUAAAGCUCCUUCUGCUCUCCUCUCUCUCCCUCUUUCUGUUGUUUAGUCUGCAGGCCUUCUCUAUCUCCUCUCUCUCUCGCUUGAUCUAUCUCUCCUCCUACCCUCGUCCUCUCUAUCAUUCGUCUUGCUGCAUUGCGAACCCCCGGCAGCUGGUUGAGCGUCCCCACAGAGCUGUUUCAGCUGAACUCUGCAACACUCACAUUUGUUAGGUUUGUGUUUUUAAUGUUUUUUUGUUUGUGUGCAGGAUUUUAACACUGGACAUUUGAAGAUGCGUGUGUUUGUGGAGUAUGAUAUGGAUUCUCAAACAUAACCUGCUCUUUGGCUCUCAGCUUCAUCCCUAACACAACGGGAACUAUUGUCAUGAUGUCUUCCCUUUUUCUCAUUGGCAUUUACAUAACAGUGUUAACACUUUGUGAAAGCUUGUGGUUAAAAAAAGUAGCUCUUGUUUCAUAGCUAUGUGCUACUGUCUGAAUGAGGCAGGUAGACAUGAAUAGAAUUGUAAAUGGCUUCUUUGAAAAGGGGUAGAGGCCAGCCCUCCAACAAAUUGCACAUAAACAAAUAGCCUCAGGCUAUUGGCUGAGCCGUGGCCAACAUCCUUGAGAAGUGACGGAGAAGGAGAGGGAGACAGGGAGAGGGAAAGGAGACUACAAGAAGGGUGCAUUCCUUUCCACAUAAUAAGGUUUUAUUUGGCAUCAUAUCACUCUCCUCCUCAUCUUUUUAUUUUUUGCCUCAUUACCCCAUCAACACAAAAGCACUUACAUGGAGCAUCAGGACUUGAGCAGUAAGCAAAGUAUGACUCAUGAGAUUAACACUGAAGCGAUCAAGCAGAGGAGAGAGGGAGGGAAGGAGGGAGAGUGCAGAGAGGCAAUAAGUUCACCGACAUUUUCUUGUAAUUUUAGCAGGAUUAUGUGUUGGCCGAGGUACCACCUUCUUUUAAAUAUAAGUAGGACAACAGCAGCAUGAGAGACAGGGAAGUUCUUAGAUGAUGAUAGGGAUGUCGUACGAUCAUAAGAUGUUUUCAGUCAAACACAGAAUGUUAUCUAAUUGUGUUUUUCCCUCUAUCCCAUAACACGCUUUGUACUACUUUUGUGUUCAAAAGACACUUGUGUGAUUUUACAAUGAACAUUAACAGUGAAGCUCCUCUUCCACAAGGUGUGCACUCUUCUGUGCAAAACAGAGCACAGGUAGUGCAUGCAUAUUACAUGUGGUUUUGCUCCUCCUUGAACUACAUGUACCCAUGGCAUGCAGCUCAAAUGAAACCAGGUCAUCUAGUUAUCCUUGUAGAGAAUAUAUCAGAGUACAGUUGGUGGAAUUUUUGAAGAAAUUAUGUGAGACAUUAAAGUAAAAAAUCCUCACUCAUUUUUGUAACACGAUAGACUCUCAAUAAUAAUAAGGUCGAUUAUUUUUAAUUCAAAAUAUCUUAUAGAACUGGGAGGCACCACAUGUUUUUAAAAACUUUAAUUGGAAACCCAGGCCUUUCCAGCGCUGUCUUUUAUUUUGUUUUCGGAUAAGAGAGCCAGGUCAGACUCUGACUGAAAUAGGCACAAUUUAAAGAUACGGGUUGGGUAGUAAAGCUUGGACCGGCAGCUGAAAGAAUGAUUGAAAUGCCCGGCGGUCGACAGAGCUGAGAUAAGAGCUGAAAGAGGAAUAAUGAUAAACACUGUGAAGAGCCCACUCUCUACGUUUAUUUCAAACUUCUCUUAGAGGAAUAAGUCGUGUGCUUAUGCCGAAUGUUUAAGGUCUGUGAAAUUAUUUAAAAAUAUGGAGAAGCUUUGCUGAAUAUAUUGGGAAGAAAUAAGGAACUCCACAAGCUGCUCACCCCCUCCCACAUUAACUUCGUCUACUUCAGCUGCUACAACUUUUAAACCGUCCUCCAUCUUCUCACCUGUCUCUCCCUCUUUUUUACGGACUGAAUGGGGUGGAGUCACGUCAUCUCUGAUGUAGUACAGCGUCUUAAAAGGGACAUGAUACCAUAGCCUACCUACACACAUCUAAAACCAACUUUUUUUUUGACACCAGUAUGGGCAAAAUGACAUCAGUUAUUGUCGUAAAUUUCAGUAUAAGUAAAUUUUCAUUUUUUUCACCCAACCCUAACAGUUACUCUCUAGUUAAUUUUUCCCUGUGCAUAUGUACCAUAAGUCUUGUUCUCUUGCGGUUCAAAAGUUGUAGCGGCUGAAGUAGACGAAGUUAAUCUGGGGGGGGCUUGAGCAGCUUGUGGAGUAGUUAUCGUCCAUUUAUCGUUAUUGAGGUGAACUGCUCAAUAUAUCGUGAUAUUGAUUUGAGGCCUUAUCGCCCAGCCCUAAUCACUCAUUAGAAAUCUAUGCUGUGGACAAAUAAAAUUGGACCAAUUCUUUAGCAUCCAUUUCAUCAACUUGUCUUACACCUACCUCCACCAGUGUUUCUCAGAGAUUUUAACCUUUCUGCUAAUUGUCUUUAUGACAAGAGAAACCUUAGUAUAAGUUUCAGAUUGUUUCGUAAGCAAACAAAAACUUUUUACAGAUUUUUAUUGAUAAAACUCUCACAUUUGCCCCCUGUGAAUCUAUAAAAACAGCUUCUUCAUGAAACAAUAGAAUUUCUAGUUUGAAGUCUUUUUUGUUUUAGGAUGUGUUUUGUUCUCUGUCUGCAGCCAGAGUAGUCUCAUCAUCUAGUGUUUUGAGCAGAGGUUCAGCUAUCAUUUUUUAAUAGAUAUCUACAGCGUACAGUCAGAUCUGAAAAGUUUUUCCAAUACUCUGUGUCCAUUCUCGCUCCUAGUGUAGCUAACUUGAUUGUGAACAAAAUCCAUGCAUGGACAGCAUUUCACCUAAAAAAAGCUAAUGAGCAACAAGUUAUCUUUACCAAUUGAUCAGUUGGUUAUAACUAAAAUACUUGGACACCGCUGUAACAUAUUUUGGUCCAGCUUUAUUGGUGUUUUUACACUGCAGAUAGAAAUUGCUUCUUGACUGAUUUGACUGCUUCCACUGAGUGACAUUAACAAUAAAUGUCUUUGGCUACUUUGCCCAAACCUCUCCCCUUCUCUCUGACUCCUCCACCCCCUUUUCUGUUCUUUUUUUGUGCGUCUCUUUUCUCUCCGACCCGUCUUGUUCAAUCUGCUGCAUCACUGAAGACAAACUGUUUGGGUUAAAGUGACAACAAUCCCCUCCUCCCUGCUCUCCUCAGCCCACACAGGCUCUAACCUCUCUACAGCAGGGACACAACACAGAGGCAGGCAGGACUUCAUAUGCAAAUAUAGCCUGAGUGGGCGGCAGCAGGGAGCAGAGUGUGCAGCAAUGUGAGGACUCUCGCAAACCCCGCCCACAGAAGCUAGUUGCCUAGCAACCACCCGCAAAGGGGAAGGAGGGAAGGGAGGAGGAGGGGCCAUGAAUUCAACAACUGUUGCCUGAUCUGAGCUCUGUGUGUGAAUGCAAGUCAGCCGGCAAACCAGUAAGCGAGAGAGGGAAAGAGUGUGAGUGUGUGAGGUCCAGAGUCUGUGCUUGUGUUUUCUGUGAGUGUGUGUGUGUGUGAGCGGGUGUGAGAGAGAGCGAGAGAGAGAGAGAGAGAGAGUGAGACAGUCUCUCACAGAAGCCAGGCAGCCGGUGCUGUUUUUUUUAAAGUGAACGAUCCUGCUCUGCUUCCUUGCCUCUCUUUGGAUUAUACCAUAAACAGGGACUCACCCUUUGGACUAUCCCGACGCUUCCUCCUCCCUCUCCUGCUGCCUUUGAAGGGAACACCUGUAUUGUGAGAGAGUGUGUGUCUGCGUGUGCACGAGCAAAGACAGCGGACUUAUCCCCUGGUGAACGGGGCGAGUGGAUGACUUCAGUGGAUGAGGGUUUGGCUGGUGGAACGAGGGGGACUGCUGACCAUGGACUCCCCUCCUCACUAGUAAACGGGGUAAGCAACCAGACUGCACCCAACCGGCUGGAAAAGGGGGCUGAUGAAAGUCAAUUUGACAGAAUGAGAACAAUGUAGCGACGUGACUCUACAGGGAGAUGUGAGGUUGUUGUGAAAGAAAAGAGGAAAUCGGAGGUAGUUUGAUUUAAAAGGGGGGAGACUGGCGGGUUAAAAAAUGAGCUGUGCAGAGUCUAUUGUCCCCCACUUUGUGUUUGAAUGUUUGCGUGUGUGUUGCAUGUAGUUGACCCUGCCUCACAGCUUCCCUGUCUGUGUCUGUAUCUGUCUGUCUGUCUAUCUUGAUCAGCUGUUGGCCUGUGUAUCUUCACACUGCACCGUCCUGUCACUUCUUCUUUCCAGUACCCCCUUCUUAUCACGUUCUCUCCCUGCAUCAGCCGCUGCUGCUGGCUCUGUUUUGCUUCAACAUCCAUCUGAUGGUAAUGAGAUUAAUUGGGGAAAGCAGGGAAGCUGGAAAUAGAGAUGUUGUGAUCAAAAGGCAUGUGCAACAGAGAGCAUGCUCAGCUAUAGAAUUAAAGACAGUGGAAGAAUAUCAAUCCAAGUACAACAAGUUUUCUAUCUAUCAGGACGGUGGAUUCAAUUUUGCAUGGGAAGAUGUUUUGGUUAUAGUUUGCCAUAUGUGUUUUUAACAAUGUCAGUCAUAAUAUAUAAACAUCAAGCUUUCCCAUUCUGUUUAUUCAUAGUUCUCUUUUAAACAGACCCACACUGAAAACACAUUAGUUGUACUACAUAGAAAGGAUUAGUAAAAAAAAUACACUCGUCUAUAAAAAGGUUUUGAAUAUUUUUGUCUUCUUAGGUAAUGACACAGAAAUAUUUCAUAUUGACACGCCACCCACAGUAUUCAAAAGUCUAAAAAUGUGAAAAUACAACAGAUACUUCCUGUGUUUUGAACGCCCUCUAAUAGUCAUCGCCUAGUCCAAAAGUAGACACACAAGGUGAGUUUUGUUUGUAUUGAAGUGUCUUCAAUAGCAACCGGUGACGUCAGACUCCACAGUGGUUUUGAAUACUCCUGGUCUGUGACUGGACAUUACAUAAUGGGAUUUAGUCUUCUUCAGCCAACAGCAAGUUCUCUGAUGAUUGUCCAGGGUCCAAAACAUUCCUGAAAGACUUUCGUCGUCCGCCCAAAUCAUUUGCGUAUUUGUGUAUAAUUACCUCAAUGUGAUUUUUUAUUUACUUGCUUUAGUUUUGUACCUUAACAAGAUUGACUCUCAGCCAAGUGUCUCUGUCCACGCACAGUAUGUACACCAAGACUAGAAUAACUAGAUUAGCACGCAGUACUGAGCCGUACUGGAUGAAUGGAGGUUAAUCCCUACCAGGUAAAACACUCACUCUCUCUCUCUUUCUUUUUCUUUUUUGUAUUAUCUAAUACAUUCAAACUGAGUGUCACAUGAAGACAAAACAAGCAUUAACACUUUCCGAUGUACUGUCGCUUUAAAGCCAAAUGCUUUCUUUUGCAGCGGCUCUUUUUCCUUUAAGAAAAUUAGUUAUUGCUAGCAUAGAGAAAAAAAACAAAACAAAAACAUUUGAAUCACAAAGUUUACAUUCAACAGCUUACAAGAGGCAGAGAAGGGUCUCACCACCUGCUGUGGGCCAGCUACUAAUAACACAAACGCCUCCAUUCAACAGGCAAGAGCAUCAGGGCGGUCAAACACCCGCCUGAGAGGAGGACAAAGCACUUUGUUAAAGAAAGACAGCGAGGAGCUUUCUUUUCUUUCCUUUUUUUUUAUCAGGGCUGGACAUGAGUUUGGAGGCUUGGAGUAGACACUGGACACAUGCUUUGGCUGUGAGACAACAGACUUUAGCUAUGAAUCACACAGAAUAGUUUAAUUUCUUUGUGCCAUUGCCUUUUAGUCAGGUUGUUUGUGCUUUCCCACGAGGAGGAGUCUUAUGAUAUGAUUAAUGAAAACCUUACCAGCAGAUCAGUAAACUGUUGACCUUUGAUAGAUCAGUGAGGAGUGAAAAAAUGUUUACGUUCAAGCUCUUUGGAGAUUUGGAAAUCUUUGAAGUAAAAUUGCUGUUUGCUGCAUUCAGACUUGGGCCCGAACUACACGUAUAUAGAUAUUUAUUUAUCAGGAUAUUUUUGUACUCCCGUCUAAAUAAAUGUACCUGUCCACACGUGUUAGUUCUCAAAAAUAUCUGCGUCCACACGUAGCCUUCAAACUCAAUCCUAUCUGGUGCCGCUUAGAAAAAAUUCAGGAACAAAGCUACCUGAUUGGCCGAUGAAUCGUAACAGCGUGAUGCGUCAUGCAUUGUUUGCGGAAGCUACGUUAGUGCGUCUGACUGGUGGAUGUAAUUGUAUAAAACAAGGUUCACUUGCAAGGCUUAAAUUAGCCCCAGAAGGGCAAAACAAACGUAAAGAAUACCCUGUAUGUCCGCCAUCGUUGUUGUUGUUUUUCUUUUUGCGCGAGCUGCGUUUGACGUCAUCGAUCCGUAAAAGUUCAGCCACACGAAUCCGCUUAUACAGAUAUUUUUUUAUUUCCCCACUUGUUUUUUUCGGAUUCAGAUUUAUCCGGUUUGAGUGUUCCAAACUCCCGUUUUGGUGUGGUAGGGAGGCCAAAUCGGACAUAAAUAUGUGCGGUUUGAAAUAUAUCCGCAUUCGUGUAGUUCGGGCCUAAUAAAGACUAAAAAUAACCAUUGAUUGUUUUUAAGUGACUUGAAACAUUGCCGACAAACUUGUGACCACAGGUUGAUUCCCGUAGGUUGUGUCGACUUCCUUGUUUUGAGGUAAAACAGCAGCGUGUUUUUGUCCAAACAGACCUCAGAGUUCAGGACAGGUGGAUGAUAACUCCAGUAUAAACAAACUAAUAAGAAAAAACAGGAAAGGGAGAUAAUAGAAAGUUGGAGCACCCUACUGUUGGGUUUUUAGUGCAUACACCAAUCAACAUCAAUCAUUUUGUUACUUUAAAUGUUUUAAAAGACUUUCACACGUACACAAGAACACAGAAACAGGUUCAACAUUCACUUUGUUUGUCUCCCACAACCACACAUUGACACAGUGACACACAUAAAUGCGCAUGAAGAGCACUGAAUAAACAUGCAUCUAUAUCUGUCAACACAGUGGUUGCUCUGUAUGCAGCUCUAUGAUCUUCAAUCAAUGGAGCUAAAUUGACAUGUCAUGUUCCCAUGAGUUAUGUUGUUGUUGUUGUGUAAAGAUACUUUUCACUCAUUGGGGAAUUCACACGGGAACACAGACAAUAAGCAGAAGAACGCUGUAUUAACUGGUAAUGAAGGAUGUAUUUCAAGUUGUCCUUGUUAAACGGGCCAACGGUUUAUACCCACACCCAUACGCGCUGGCAAUGUAGCUGGAAACGCUUCACUCAAUUCUUAACCACUGACCUGAAAUAUCACCACUACCUCAUUUUAACCCUUUACCUUCAACUUAAAUCUAAUCUGGAGGUUAAUCUUCCCUCUUAAUCCACAUUUUUACCUCUAAAAACCCCAUGGAGUCUGGGCUGGCUACAGGUUAUUUGAGCUCUUUAAUGGCGUUUCAGUUUCCGUGAAAUCCAGACUUAGAGCUGAAAGUCACAGUCACAUGCACUGUUUGGUUUCUUAGGGGUUUCCUGUGUGUAUAUAAGCAGGGUUUCAUUGAGAAACUCUCACACAGUCCCCAGUGUGCUGAUCCAGUCCCUCCCUAUACUGUCCUUUGUGCAACAGCAUUCCUGGUAAUCCAAUCAGCUACCUGUUUCCCUUGAGACUCAGGUGGAGGCAAAUGUGUGUGUGUGCAUGUGUGUUUGUGUAUGAUUGAAACUUUCACAGACCAGUCUAGGCUUAUCUAUGUUUUUAUAGACAUGUAUUUUUGUGUGUCAAGCUGCAGUGAAAGCCAGGCUGUUUAUUUUUCACUUUGACUAAAAGAUGAAUGAGCAGGGAGCAGCAGAGGCUUUAUUCAAACGUUCUCACUCUGGGGAGUCUCAGGUGUUUUCAUACUGAGUGUUAGUUUGUGUGUCUGUGUGUGUGUGUGUCAUUUGCUAAAGCCUAUUAGUUUCUCACACUGUUGACUUAACAAAAUGUUCUGAGUUAUGAGUCAUUACUUCCCUUCCGUGUGUGUGUGUGUGUGUGUGUGUGUGUGUGUGUGUGUGUGUGUGUGUGUGUGUGUGUGUGUGUGUGUGUGUGUGUGUGUGUGUGUGAAUGCAAUCUGUGCAUGCUUCAGAAGAGAAUUGCUCACCACUGAAGUUGGAUUAUUCAGACAUUUAAGCUGGUAAACACACACACACAAGCACACAAAAGAGAUGUGUUUGCUUCCCCUUGCCAUGAAAGUGUCUAAAACUGUCCAUGAUUCACAUUGAUGAACUCAACUCAACUUUAUUUGUAAAGGACUUAAAAACAACCACAGCUGAACAAAGUGCUGUACAUAAAAAACAAUCAAAAAACAAUAAAAACAACAGAUAAAAUAAAAGCUGAUGUUAAAAAGUAAAAUAUACUUUCAAUGUUUUUAAAAACUAAUUUAAAACAAUAGAAACAAAUAACUAAAAACAAACCAUAAAACACUAAAACAGGAGCAGAGUCUCAUGCAGGGUUGAAAGCCAAUGAAUAAAAAUGGGUUUUAAGACGAGUUUUAGAAAUGGACAGUGUGGGGGCUUUUCUGAUUUGGAGGAGUAGCUCGCUCCAUAAUUUUGGGGUCUCAACAGAAAAAGAUCUAUCCCCUCUGAGCUUCAGUUCACCGAGCAGGGGUGUAGGGUGGAGAGGCUCACAGAGGUAAGAUGGAGCCAGACCAUUUAAAGAUUUAAAAAAAAAAAUAAAAGAAUCUUAAAAUGAACUCUAAAAUGCACGGGUAACCAGUGGAGGGAGGCCAGGAUGGGAGUAAUGUGCUCCUUCUUACGUACUCCAGUUAAGAGCCGGGCGGCUGCGUUUUGUGCUAACUGGAGAUUUGAGAGGGAGGACUGGCUGACUCCAAAGUAAAAUGCGUUACAGUAAUCCAGCCGAGAUGUAACAAAGGCAUGGAUUACAUGCAAGGAAAGGCUUGCAUAUUACAUAUGAUCAGCAUUUUACACCAAUAAUUACUAAUAUGUUUACCUGUGGGGUUGCAACUAGCCUAGAUUUCCUUUAUAAAUCACCUUGAACUGAUUCAUUUUCUCAAUGGGUGGCCUUAUUUGACAUUGAUGUCAAUGCAGAUUUACCAUUGUCAAAGUUGGCAUCACAUUGGAUUUAAAAUUAUACAUGAGAGAAAGAGGUUACAGAUCCUUACUUUUCAGAAGCAAGAGUUUGCAAAUAUUUUGCAUCUUUUGCUGUAUUAAUGUCUUAGAUGAUUGACAAAUCAAUAAAAAACUUAAACUUCCUACUUUCUCUGGCUUCGUCUUUUGGGGCUCCGCAAAGCCUCUUAUGUUCUCCCAUUUCAGAGAUCCUUACCCUGUGGUGGGAUCAGAAGCUGAGAAUGACAGAAGCCCCCACUGAUAACAGUGACAAAAUGCUGAAUAUCAAAGCGAAGGCCUUAAACCAGUCACUUUAUAGGUAAAUAUUUCUACUGUGGCAGCGAUUGAGCAGCUCAAGGCUUGGAAGAAUAGAGAAGAGUAAAAGAGGCUGAAGUGAACAAAGAGAGGAAGAGAGAGAGAGGUGUAAAGCCUCUGCAGAGAAACGCCUUUUUUCUCUGGAGCUUAGUCUGACAAACACAACCAGAGAGACUGCUGUUCUCUUCUCCCUCUCUCUGCUGCAUUCCUCCUCUUCUUCUGUCCUUUCACUCCUCUUUUUUUUCUCUGCUCCAUCUUCCAUAUCCCCCCUCUUUCACUCCUCUCAGUCUCACUCAUCCUCCUGCUCAUCCUCUGGUCUCGUUCCUGCUGACUCACACUAAAUCAAAGCUUCAUCAGUGUGGAUCGAUCCAGUCGAUGUCUGUUCAUGCUUCUGCUCAUGUCAGCCCAGCCCACAGUGAUGAAGCUCUCUCCAUCUUUUGUUUUCUCAGUCUUCUGCUCAACACUUGUUUUGCAUUAGUGUUGUAGAGCUAUUACACAGUUACUAUGUAGCUUGUUAUACAACAAACAGGUUGCAGGAAAUACACCUAUAAGCUGUAUAAUCCUUUAAAUCUCUCUUUUUUUGUCGAAUAACACGCCACAAAAGUGCUCUGCAAAUAUUCAUCGAGGGUGGUACAUGCUCACCUAAACCUUCAGCACACUGUUUUGUUUGUUUUUAUAGACAUAAGCCCUAUCCUCUUACAAAAGGUUUUAGUGGAUUGACUUUUAAAGAGAAUCAAUCUGCUUUGAGUAUUUACCAGAUUUGUCUUUUUUAUUGAUAUUAAUUGCAUUCUUGGUUUGGCGAUUGAGAUGUUUAAAUGCUAAAUUUUGAAGAAGUUGGACACAGUAAUUUCGCAGCUUGAUAAUUAGCAUGAAAAACUAAAUUUGAUAAAUAUGGCGAUCUCCUUCUGUUGUCUCAUUCCUCCCUGUUCUCACACUUGGAUGAACGGGACCCUGAAAUGCAUGGUCAUGCACAUAACUCUGCACCGUGCCAGAAGGGCAGAUUAAUGAUUUGUUCAGCACUAAAAUGUUAUCGACUUUCAGCACUCAGCAUGAACUAGUAGGGUGUGAGGAGAGCUGGAUCCAGACUCUAUCUUUUUAAUGAUGGCUGCAGCAAUGUUGCUGUUAUUCAGCCUGAGUUUGGGCCUUUGCUGAGUUUGAGAUUGAUCACUAAUACCACUUUAAUUGGCUUUUCAGGUAGUGCUUAGUUCAUGUCACUCUUCCUGUCAUGGUCUUUUGUGUGUGUGUGGGCAUGUUAAAUUUAAUUGCUUGUAUUGGCAAUGUGUAAGAAGAACACUCCCUUAUUUACGAGGCCAGCACAAUAUAGGAAAGAGGUACGAUGUUGGAUAGCACUGCUUCAGUUUCGACUAAAUGCAUGAAGUGCAGUAUAUCACCAAAUUCUCACAAGUGCCCUUUAGCUAUAUAACCUAUGGUUUCUUUAUAUAUCUCCUGUUCUUACUGUAUAACAAAUCGGUUAGGAACAAAUCAAAAAGCUGUUCUUCGUUACCACUGAAUUGGCACCAAUUAAUCUGAGCAAGCUGAUAGCUGAGUAAAUAGAUAGCUGAGUAUUUGAAUUUCCCUCUUGGAUUAAUAAAGUAUCUAUCUUUCUAUCUCUAUCUAAAGCCUCAGCAGGCUGUGUGAGAAGAGCUUUUAUACCUCGGUAGUAGCAGGUCCCCUUUUGCAUGGGUCACCCUAUUGCUCCAGUGUGUUUGUAUAGUAUCACAACUAAGACCAACCGGUAGUAUUUAGUGAAUGUAGGGCUGGGCGAUAAACCGAAAAUUUACUGAUACCGAAAUCAAUAUAUUUGGUGUCAAAAAAAUAAAUUAAUAAAUAAAAGUUGGUUUUGGAUCUGUGUAGGUAGGCUGAGGUAUCAUGGCUAGACGCUGUCCUACGUUAGACUCUGCCCAAUCCAGUCUGUAACAAAGAGGGAAAGACAGGUGAGGAGAUGGAGGACGGUUCAAAAGUUGUAUCGGCUGAAGUAGACGAAGUUAACGUGGGAGGGGGUGAGAAGCUUGUGGAAUAGUUAUCAUCCAUUUAUCGUUACUGAGCUGAACUGCUCAAUAUAUUGCGAGAUUGAUAUGAGGCCAUAUCGCCCAGCCAUAAGUGAAUGGUUGUGCAAAAUGCACAUGUAGAAAGAAGACAGUGGUUGUUUUUAUGUGCAAAAAGAGUUUAUAUCGUUAGAAAUGUCAUGAUAAAAACCUACAAAUGAAGAAUCACUCUUGUCAUGCAUCACAGGAGAAGAGGUGAGCAAUGGAGCAUUUCAGUCUAGAGUCUGACCACUAGAUCUAACAAAAUUCUCCCAUUUCUCUACUCUUUACCUUUAAAUAUUGAACCAAUUUCAGUCUUUUGUGGCUGAAUGUGCAGACCUACUCUGUUGUCUUUCUCAGAGUAUUCUGUAAAUGCCCAACAUGGAGUCUGUUUGACUCAACUUCAAAGCCAUAGACUUUACUGUCUCUGGAUUUGGGUUGGUGUUUGGACAACAGGUAAUUAAUUUCUAGGUGAAUAUAGAUAUUUUAAGAUAAACUGUGAGUGCACUCACCUGCUCUUUUCUAAAUCUUUCCCUUGCCUGACACAUGCUACUUUAUUCUGCCUCCCUCGUAACUAAAAAGGAAACUGUCUCAAAUAGAUAGUAUCUCUCAUUCCAAUAAGUGUAGCUAGACAAAUACAUUGCCAAACCGUUUGAGUUUCAGGUCUGUGUCUACACAUUGUGUUUGCAAAUGAUUAUUUGCACAUCAUUACAAACACAAAUUCAACUUUGCUUCAUAGAUACAUAGCAGCACUUCAUGUGAACUUGAGUCACCCCUUUCUUCUCUGUUUCUCUCUCCUUGACAUGUUGAUAUCUCCAUCUCAAAACUCCCGUCAUAAAGUGACAAGCGUCCCUCCUCUUUAAUUUCAGUCUGUCUACCUCUUUUCUUCUUAUUUUCUCAAUCAUCUGUUCAAGCUGCAGAGGAUGUAAAUAAUAAAUUUUUUCCCAUGGGGCCUGUACGUGUCAGUGUUUCCUCUAUUUUUUGAAUGCAUUAAAUAGGAUUGCUGCUGAACUGAUUUUCUUCUUGGAAAUUGUCCGUUGACAACCUCUGCUGUCAGUUCUGCUAAAGAAGUCUGACCUGUAUUUUCUCAGAGAAAGGGUAUUACACGCUCAGUCAGCCGGAUAUGACACUUAAUAGACAUAAUCAGUCAUGAUAAAUCUCUAACACAGGCCUUGAAAUAAAACAUGGACAGGUGGCUUGGCUGAACAAAGAGAGCAAUGUUACAACGUCAUUAAGCAGAUGUUUUUGUUUAAAAGUACAACACAAGCAAAAGAUCCAGACAGGACAGAACAACAUUUUUUAAUGGCCUGAAUAUAGGGCUGGGCGAUAAACUGAAAAUUUAUUGAUACCAAAUUUUGUGACAAUAAGCAAUGUCAUUUUUCCCAUGUCAAUAUAUUCUGUGUCAAAAAAAGGAAAAUCAAUAAAAGUUGGUUUUGGAUGUGUGUAGGUAGGUUAUGGUCUGUAACAAAGAGUGAAAGACAGGUGAGGAGAUGGAGGACGGUUCAAAAGUUGUAGCAGCUGGAGCAGCGGCUGAACUAGAUGAAGUUAAUGUGGGAGGGGGUGAGCAGCUUGUGGAGUAGCUGUUGUCCAUUUAGCGUUACUGAGGUGAACUGCUCAAUAUAUCGUGAUAUUGAUUUGAGGCCAUAUCACCCAGCCCUACCAGUAACUACUCAUAAGUCCAGUUAGACACAGGUACUGGAAUGCAGUGCUAGAGGCAAUGUUAAGGGUGUAUGGGAGCAGUUUUUGUUUGUUUGUUUUUCUCCUCAUGUAGACAAUCAUCAUCAUUUUGAAACCAGUAUUUAAUGCUCCUCAAUGUCACUUUUAUUAUGAGCAACAAACUACCAGGUAGAGAGUUUUCCACAAAGAGCUGGGUCUGAAAUUUUAUUAAAAGUACUAAGGGACCCUGCAGGACUAUAAAGGAGAAAAGUCUUGCUUAAGUGCUUUAGUGUCCCCAAGAGAGAGCUGGGUCUAAAGCUUUUUCUUAAAGGUAGGAAAGGACUUUUGUAGCUAAUGGAGCACUGGCGUGUAAGGUUAGUGUUUUACAUGUAGAAUAUUCAAUCAUAUUGCCUUCCUAAAUGACGUGUAACAAGACCCAAACGCUGCAAAUGUCUGUUCAGUCAACCUGAAUUUCUCCUCUUUCCACCUUGUUUCUCCCUGACUGAAGUCUCACCUGGGAGGUUGGGAGGAAACACAGGAAAGAAAUGAAGGAUGUCUGUGUUUUAACUAGGUCAUACCCUGCAGCUAUGGACUCACAGAGAAAUCAAGAGUCCUCCUCCUAUUUUAAUGAGAAAAUAUUUUCAACAGCAAACAUGCUUUGCUGAGAAGACGCAACGACUUUACAUCUCAUGUUGACAUUUUGUGCAACAUUUACGAUUCUGAAAUGUCAGAUUCUCGUGUCGGGAGCUGAUAUGUUAAACUUUGAAAUGAUGACAUUGCCAGGAGUUGCAUUGAGGAUUUAAAAUACUGUUUUUAAGUGGAAAUAAAAUCUUGCAAAGCAUGUGCAGUACAUUAUAAAAUGCACCAGAGGCUACAUAGAUUAGGUGAGUAUAAACCGUCUGAAAAGUCAUCAUGGACGGGCGAUCCUUCAAGCGUGUAUUAAAUACUGUUAAAAAAAACUGAUGGGUCAGAGGAUGAUGUGAAGACAUGUCAGACUUCAGGCAGAGCUAUUACAGUUAAAAGUACAGCAGAACUCAGCUCGCCCUCUGCUCAAAGCCAGCUGCAGGUUGGAUGCUGUUUGGCAGCUCGGCCGUGUUUUCCUCCGGAGAAUCAAGCUUCUCAAAACACACUGUAGGCUCAUGUUUUGGCAGUUUCAAGCCUCGGGCUGUUCUGGAGAAGGCAGCUACAGAGCAAGUUACACAAUAAACACACACAAACAAAUGUACACUCACACAAAAACAGCCUCUCUUUCUACAAUUGUUAAUGUUUCUCAGUUCUUAUCAGAGGAGAUAAAGUUAACAGUUAACAGUGUGAAGUACCUCUGUUUUGAAAUAUGCCCACAGAAACACACAGAGACCCUCUGAUAUAGCUGUCCAUCACUUUCUUAAUCUUGAACAGCAGCUGUCAGAAUAGCUUUACUUGAGCCUAAAUAAUGGCAUGCAUCCAGAAAAUUGUACACAGCUUGCUCUCCUGAGUUGAAUAUGGGAGCUGACUUUAGUCCCCCUGAUUUGAAGAAGUUCAUUAAAUUCACAUUUAAUAAAAAAGGCACAAGAUUUAAAAAGGAAAAAUAUCUACCAUAUAGGGCUGGGCGAUAAAUGGAAAUUUACCAAUACCGAAAUUUACGGCAAUAAUCGACGUCAUUUUUCCCAUGUCUAUAUAUUCGGUGUCAAAAAUAAAUAAAUAAAUAAAAGUUGGUUUUGGAUGUGUGUAGGUAGGCUAUGGUCUCAUGUCCCUUUUAAGACGCUGUCCUACAUCAGAGACGUGACUCCACCCCAUCCAGUCUGUAACAAAGAGGGAAAAACAGGUGAGGAGAUGGAGGACGGUUCAAAAGUUGUAGCAGCUGGAGCGGCGUAGACGAAGUAACUAAUGAAGUAGAAGACGUUAAUGUGGGAGGAGUCGAGCAGCUUGUGGAGUAGUUAUCGUUACUGAGGUGAACUGCUCAAUAUAUCGUGAUAUUGAUUUUAAGGCCAUAUCGCCCAGCCCUACUACCAUACAUAGAAAGAGUAGUUUGAGUUCUAACCUUUAUUUCACUUUGAGUGAUGCAACUAAAUGCAUUUAUCUUUUUUGAGUAUAUGAAAUGCUCCACUGCCAAUAAAGUUUUAACACCCAGUGAAUGUGAUAAUUUAAUAUUAUUGCAUUAAUAAUCCUAUUUGUCAAAGUAAUAAGCUUUUAUUUUACCCUUCAUGUAGAGGGAGUACUUGGAAAUAGUCUUUAUUGAAGUGCAGAAAGAGAAUAAAACAAACAAGUUCAGAGAUGGAACCAUGGUAGGAACUUAUAUAAAAGAUCUGAUAAUAAAGGAUAUCUACAAAGAUAAGUAUAACUAGAGGAGUCAAAAGUCAAAGCAGUGUUUAACAAACCUGUUUUAAUUGUCUUUUGAAAACAGCCGCGGCGCUUGCAUUUUAAAGGAAACAUGUUGCAUAAGAUGGAUUUCUCACCUUAAUCCCAUAUUUAGGGACUUAUUUUUGUACACACUCAUGCUAGCUGAGCGAACUUCUCUUUUCUUCACAUUAUGAACACAACAGGUGUCAAACGUCCCGCUGUGUUUGCUUGUCGAGUUUUUAUGAAUGGUUUUGGUGCAGUUCAGAGGGGGUCGUCUUGUGUGUUUUAAUCCUUUUUUUUAACCUCACAGUGAUUCUUUUGUGUGCUGCAGGGAAAUAAAGAGAACGGUCUGAGGAAUGUUUAAGAGACCUUUAUCCCGUGUGCCUCAGCGUCAGACCCCAUGUUGGGUCUUUGUAUCAGAACAAAGCAGGAGGUUAUUAGUUGAUUGGUAAUAUUCAAUUGAGUUUUGUGACGACAUGUCGCUUUUAGAUGUGGACUAUGAGGAAACAAUUAUGACUGCAUUAUUCAGAUAUGAACAAACCUCAUUAAAAAAACCCUCUUGUCUUGAUUUAGUUUUUAUUCUAAUAAAAUUUAAAAACCCACUUUUCAUUUCAACCUGCAUGCACAACCCUAAAUCAAGCAACACGUCACAAAAAAAGUGUUUUACUCAUUGUUUUAUAUCUUCCACAUCUUUUGUCAGAGACUUCUGACCAACUUUGUAUUUUUCUGGACCUGUUUGCAGGAGUAAAAUCCGACCCAUGUUCAACUCCCUUAUUCUUUUUUUUUUUUUGCACAUCUUGAAUACUUGAUUCUGAUUGGUCAGAACUAUCUAGAAACAGUCUGAUAUUUCUCCUCUGGUAUAGAUGUGGCUCUGAUUCCGGUCUCUAGUAGACAAGCAGUUUAAGAAGGAGUCAGUUGAUGUCAAUAGUUUUCAGUGCUCCUGUUCCCUAUGAUCAACUUCACUCAUUUGAUAAAAAGUUAUAAUUCAUAAGUUUAGUUCAUUUUAAGAAGGUUGUAGAAUAAAACAGAUGCAUUUCAAGUCAACAAACUCAUUUUGAAAUCAGUAUUUUGAGUAAAACUGCCGUGUACUAAACAGGAUUUAAUGUUGAGAAGACUGCCAUCAGAGUCCUUCUCACCCUGUCUGAGUACCAAUCUGUUUUACAACCCAUUCACUUUACACUAUCCCUGCCUUACUCUGUAAAGCUGUCUAAUACUAACCUGACCAACUUCACUCUACUGCUUUUGUCUUCUCUACACUUGUUGUUCACUCUGUUCUCGUCCUUUCUUCUCCACCUCCACCCUCGCUCUUUUCUCUGCCUCUCCACCUCCUUCUCUAGCAUAUUACUCUCUCCACUUCCCUGAUUACCUCUUCACCUGCCCUCCUCCUUCAUGCUGCUCUGUCAUGCUGAGAUAAGUCCUUGUUUCUCCGUGGUAUUGGACUGGGCUUGAGCCGUCAAGGAAUGAAACUAGAUGUAGCAGGGCCUGUGACCUUUGACCCCUUGCUCUUAAAGACCACUCAAGCUCUCUAGACCAUAACAGCCGACUUAGGACCGUUCCCACUGGGAAGGAAUUUACUAAGUGGAUAAAUCCACAGGUUAAUGUAUAGGCUCCUUCAGUAUUUUCAGGAUAACAGGCUACACAGAAAAGUGGUAAAAUACAUUUCUUUUAACAGUGUUGGGUAAAGAAGUAACCUUUUAAAACAUUGCGCCUUAGUUUUGCCUAACAUAGAAAAUAUUUAUAGAUAUAGAUUUAUUUAUUCACUUUGUUUUUUUCCCCUUCUCUUUUUUUUUUCCUCAGGGUGUUGAGGAGGAGCUGGUGCGUCCGGUCAUCAUGUGCACGCGAGCCUAUCCUGACCCCGUCCCCGAGUGCCAGCUGUUCCCUGGAGAAGUGGACGAGCCCGAGGAGGAGGUGGCAGACGAAGGCAAGGAGAGGGAGUCGGAUAGAGACAGUGCCGUGGAAAGCACCCAAGGGUCAGACACCUCAGACGGACCUAUCAGACCAGGAGACAAGGAAGACGCACUGGGGGAUUUGUUUUUCCCUGGGGAGAAGUAAGCGUUGUUCCAUCUUUUUUCCAACUUCUGCUCCUGUCUGGCUCACUGUGUUUAAAUUUGACUUCAGUCUAAAUUCGGUUGUUAUUGCUGGACAGAGAAAGACACAUAUGGACAAAAUCCUCAUGCAACUAGAUUCUUACAUAUCCUACUUUACAAAAUUAACGAAAAAGUCCAUACAAAAAAAUAGAGGCUACUUUCUCGAAAAUAAUCUUUACUUGUAGCAUCGUUUACCGAAUGGUCAUAAAUACAGAACGAAAGCUAACACAGUACCAUGAUCAUUUCCCUUAUUUUGCACAGAAUUGGUCACACCAGCAUCUCUGUGACCUCAGACCUAUCGACACGAUCCUCAGCUUCUCUGAACGAGGAGCAGUUUGAAGACUACGGCGAAGGAGAGGAGCCGGACUACACUCCCAGCAGCCCUUGCCCUGACGACGAGACACGUACCAACGGAUACUCAGAUCUUGGUUCAUCUGUUCCCUCCAGGUAAAAAAGAAACUUUGUCAUCUGCUACCCUAAAGUUAUGAGGAAAGCAGAUAGAUCCAAAGCACCUCGGAUCUAUGUAGAGUUUAACAACCUCUUUUGUGACUUAGAUAACUCAAACUGUUCUUGCAGACUCAUUGCAACAGUAACAGAGGCAGCUGAAAUGCCAAUACUGCUGCUAAGUUAAGAGAGACAAACACGUUACUUCAUUUACUGAUGACCUAACUCACACUUGAGUUUCGUUGUUUGGGGCGUGUCAGGGAGUGGAAACUUUGAGUACAGAGAAAAUGCGAGAUAAAGCUCAACUAUGAGCCAAAUUAACUCUAAACUGUCGUAAUGAUUACUCGUCUUUCUUGAUGAAUCACAGAAAUUGGCAAAUGUUUAAUCUGCCCGGUAUGAGUCAACUAACCACAGGUAAGCAGACUGACACCACAGGAAACAGGAUACCAUUUUUUUAAUCAGAUGAAGCGCUGUUUUACCGACACAUUUCAGUCAUGAACGGACGUGUCCGACGUUUCCCACAGGAGAAAUCGUGAUGUCGACACAGACCAGAUUUUGUAGCCUCAGUUUCAACAAUUACAGACUCAAGGCUCCGGUCUGUGAGCUCCACAGUCAUUACCUGACUAGUAUUAUUCUGAGACUUGACUGCAGAAGUGUAGCUUAAGAGUUUUUGCCCGUAAGGCCACAUUAAUAUUCAUCAUAGGCCUGUGUUUAAUGGGAUUAAGUCUCCCUCCUGAUAGAGAAGCAAUACAGCUCCGUGCUCCUUCCACACAUACUAAGCAGACAAAACUCUCCAAAUGGAGUCGGCAUGGAGAUUUAAAUUCAAAAUGAGGCCCGGAUUUACAGGAAGUCUUAGACGAGUCAGCAUGGGGAAAAAGUUUGAAUAACUACAGUCCAAAGUGGGUUAAAGGUGCAUUCUUUCACAUUAGCUCAGGGUCUCCAAAGCCGAAAAAAAAACAUUACUCAGGUUAAGUUUUGAGAUUUAAACAUUGAUCUCUGAUGGUGCUGUUGUUGUCAUCUUUAAUUGCAUAACUAGGAAGUGUUUCUUUUGAAAUUAAAACUGUAAGAGUGAUAAUAAAGUGAGUCUUCUGUCCUUUUUCCUUUUGGUAACAGAUUUGGAUCGAAGGUAACCUUGUUUCAGAUGUCUGACACAAAUUUAAUCAAUAGGAAGUGAAUUAAGACUGCAAAAUCAAAUCAAAAUAAAAUCAAAUUUUAUUGUAUAGCGCCAAAUCACAACAGUCGUUAUCCCAAGACGCUUUCCAAAAAAAAGAGCAGGUGAAGACCACGCUCAUUGUUCGAUGAAUUACCAAGUCCCAACCUUAAGAUGGGACAGAUUUGACCCAUCUCAUCUAACAGGAGUGACAGUGGCGAGGAAAAACUUCCUUUUAACAGGCAGAAACCUUGGGAAGAACCAGACUUAUGUUCAAAUAUAUUUUAUAUAUUAAUUUCUGUUUAAUGCAGGAUUUACCUGACAGAUCAUCCAAUAUGUGGUCUGAAUUUUUUACUUCUCUGUUUUUAUUUGUUAAUUACUGCUUUUUGUUUCUGCAUACUGUGUCUCCUACAGUUGUAUGUUUGCAGACACAAUAAAAAGUCACUUUAAUCCACAGUAAUUCUGCUUCUUAGUGUGUCUGUGUGUUUGUUUUUACAGUGCUGGCCAGACUCCCCGCAAGGUGCGUCAGCAUUACACCAGUGAACUGAUGGAUGUCUACUGUUCUCAGUGCAGCAAGAAGGUCAACCUGCUCAAUGACCUGGAGGCCCGCCUCAAAAACCUCAAGGCUAACAGGUAGGAUGCACACAUCUCAUAAAAAGACACUUUGAACAUCAGCUAAUACAACCUCAUUAAAGAGUAAAGACACUUUCGGAUCCCCAAAUGUUUCCCACUGACAAACAUACUGCCAGUUAGCCUGUCAGAUCAAAUCAAAUCACAAGAGAUGCAUCGCCUACAACAACUUUACUUGUCAUUUCUAUUCAAAUUCAACUUGAUAUAACUGUUUAUGAUUAAAUAUCCUGUGGCAGAAUCCAGAGACAAACGAACACAGGUAGUUAGACCUGUUUCUGUUACAAUUUAGAGGUAAUUAUCCCUGCACAUAAGUCAUAGAAACCACUGUAGAGUAUAUUUCAAAACACAAUUAUUUAUGGAGACCUACUGAGCUGUUCCUCAGCAGGACAAAAACAAACGUCUCUCGCAGUGAUGUGUGCUAGACAUUGUACAGGUACAGCCAGGGAUCUGAUUGGUCCGUUUCAAUGGAGCGAUUAAUUAUUUUAGUUUAAUGAAACAAAAUGAUGUAAUAUGAUUGCAAGGUGUUUAGCUGUUCCUUCUUUUGUUCCUCUCAUGAACCAACAUGCCCCGAACACUAAUUGAUUGUUAUGUAAGGCUGUCACUCCUGUGCUUACCUCAUCACUAUUGUAAUGGGAAAUCUAUUAAUGGAAACAUAAUCCCAGGUGACCAUUAACAGCUCUUCUGUCCACCUGCAAACACGGGUGCCCACACAUACAGACAUAUGAGUUAUCUGAGAACAGUAAAAGUCGUUGAAUAAUAGUUUGAAUAUAGAGUGAACUCUGUCUUUGUCACCUAAACCCUCGGCUCAGUCUGCAGGAUGUCUCUCUCUCUUUCUCUCUACCUUUCUCUCUCUCUCUCUCUGGAGGGAAUAGGCUCUAUAAUCCAACAUGUAUCUCUUAAUUAGACCUCUGCUUUCCCUUCAUGAAUAAUAGAGUAGUGAUGAGCAGAAAGAAAGAGUUAGAAAGCGGGAAGAUGGAAGAAGAGAGAAAGAGAUGUUAUCAGUGUAGAAAUAACUUUAAAUUGUGAGCUUCUUAAACACUGACUGAACCAGAUAGAGGAGGAUGAAUAUAAAGGUAUACUCAGCAGGUUAUAUAGAGGGAUAUGAAUCAGUUGAUCAAUCUAAAAAAAUUAGGGACUUAAGGGUUCAUUUGAAUAUUAGACAUAGAUGAAGAGGUCAUGCAUGUAAAUGAAGUAAUAAUUAGUCUAAUAGACAUCGAGUAUGAUGGGUGAAUCCAGUCUAAGCUUGUACAGUAUACUCAGUAGUGGAGGUUUUGCAGCAUAACCCCCAAAAUAAUCAUGAAAUAUCAAUGAAGAGUUGAUGUUUUUUUGUAGAAAAGUACAUUUCUUGGUAGAGUGCUUUUUUACAACAAAACCUAGCAGGUGUGAGGAGAGUAGUACACAUAAUUUAACUGAUACAAAUGGAGAUAUUUUGUGUCUAAAAUUGGCAAAAUAGAUGCACAUCUCGUGAUUGUACUGGUCAAACCUAACCACACUUUAAACUGUUUACUUUGUAGCCAGUUGUGUAGAUAUUAGUUUUAAGGUUUAAAAAAGGAAGUCCCUGCAUCUGUUCAUCAAAGAGGCUAAACUGAAACAUGAACUUCUGGCUUAUCUGUCUCACCCAGGAUCAUACACUCACUCUGAUCAGAUCAAGAUCAGCCUGUUAGACAGACAUCCUCAUCUCUUACUUCUUCAUGUGCAGGUCUACUUCCCAAAAGUUGAAUUUUAGAAUUUGAGUUUUUGUACAACUCCUAUCUGCUCUGUGUAUGAUGUAAUUUUUGUACUCUUCACGGUUUGUGUGACUGUGUCCAAAUCGAGACCUUCUCUGUGUUUUUCCCUCUUUAAUUGUAAAUAAAAUAAACUUUCACAACAACUCAAAUCAAAAGUGCCCAACAAAUUUCAGUUGACAUGACACAGACAGACAUGCACCAAGUUAUUUAACACCUUUUGGGAUGAAAAGAUAAUCUUUAGAAAAAACAGCCCCUCUUUCUCCACGGUAUCGCUGUUAUCUCACCAUUAUUCGCUCAUAUUUCUUUUGUACUGAGCCGACAUUAGGUGUCUUUUGCAUUAGCUUACACUGUAUUUUCUCCUUAUUGUUAAUGCAAUGUGACAUCCAGCGCAGGCAGGCAGACACAUCAGACUGAAAGUGUCUUUGGGCUUUUGUCCCCCCUGAGACAGUCGCUGAGCUGACAGAAAUCCUGCUCACUGUACCAGGAGGAAUAUUUUGUUAUCUUUGACAUGUCCUUCAGUGUUUCUUUCUCUCCAUGCCUGCUUCGCUGAAUGGCUGAAAUCUAAAUUGUCAUCAGCAGUCGGCUCCUAUGAAGUGUUAAGCUGUGAGUCUAGACCUAUUCAUGACAACUCACUGAUAAACAUUUGUCUGCUUUUUCUUUUCUUCAUCGUUUGCAGCCCCAACAGGAAAAUCUCCAGCACUGCUUUUGGGAGGUAGGUAACUCCACCUAAGGAAUCAAAAGUCACCCACAUGUUCUUUCCCUGUCUCUCCAUGACACAGCCUGUGCUGCAUGUGUUUGCUCUACUUGCUGACACACAAACACACGAGACACUGGUUUUCUUAUCAGUCAGCUGCCCGGUCAUUGAGCUCUAACAGGCAGUUAAUUAGUAACUGAUUAUUCAGAAAAAAAACAUCUGUUUGGUGUUAAUCCGUUCUGAUCCGUGAGCUGCAAACUCCUCCGUUUUUGCCCCUAAGAGUUGACAGAAACAUUUUGGACGUGAGCCGUGUCAGUGGCAGCCUCCUCAUCUUCAGUUUCCUCACGCUGGAUGAAGUGUUUUAUACGGAGGUCUUUGUGCUAUUUUCACCCAUGUUAACUGAGUUAUGGUGACAGAGUGAAAAUGGCCUGUCAGACCUGAUCUAUGCUUUCAAUAUAAGGUUUGGCUCUCUUCCCCUGCUCCGUCUACUGUCUCCACUGUCUGCUUUGAUUUCUUCUUCCUCUUUAUUGCUCUCUUUAUCCGAUCUUCUGCACUCUCUGCAUCUCAGUUUUCUCUUCUGUCUUUGUCUCUUCUCCUUCCUUCUCCUUUCCAGUUUCAUGUCCUUCGUCAUUUGCUUUUUAAAUGUGUCUCCCUCCUGCUCUCAAUGUCUUGUAAAGUUUGGUGUUCGAGAUCUGCUUUUCACCUAAAAUCUAGACUGCAUGCUCUGUACUGGUGCAACCUGUAGACCAGCAAAAAAUGCUAAGAAAGUUAUUGUAUUCUGAUAAAGUUUGUAUUUAGAAAUUGCCUGCAGCUAAAGCUAGGACGUGUGCAGCUGUCACCCUUACAACUAUCAACAUUGAUAUCGGUUGAGCUCAGUUCCUGUACCAUUAGUUAGCAGGUGAAAUACUUUGCAUGGAAAGAUCUGCACAGCUGCACAGAAAGUGCAAGUUGUGGACUCAGUUGAUCAUGAGGAGUUUGAUAACUUUGGAAGACAGACAGAAAAAAAUGUUUGUUCUUGCACCUUAAACAUCAUUUGUGUUUCAUGUAAAACAAUACAAAAAAAUAGAAAUACAAAAUUAGGUAUAAUAAGGGGCGUCCCUGAUACAACUUUUUUACUCCUGAUAUGAUACCGAUAUAGUAGCCUUCAGUAUCAUCCGGUACCGAUAUUGAUCUGAUAUUGGCACGAACUUGCACUCAGCUUUGCAGUUUUUCAAUCAGUUGCAAUGUCUUUUUCGGACUUUAAUGAAAAAUGCUGCGACACAGCCGACAUUAUUCCUACUCCUUGCUACUCUGUUUGUACCUUAGUACACACUGUUGUUGUAAUUACGUGCAUACUGGAUCUUGGUACUGCUCGCUAGAGUUGCUGGAGUGGAGUCUGGAAUGGACUGCUUGUAUCGGAGUGCUGAUAUCGGAGAAUCUAGAUGCAGACCGAUAUAAUCCGAUAUUUGUUUUUUGCCUGGUAUUCGACCGAUAUCGGAUAUCAGGACAGCCCUAGAUAUAAUAUUGUUGAAAAAAAGGUAUAUACAUCUUAUUAAUGGAGAUCAGUAGAAAAAAAAACAUGAAACAACAGACUAUGUCUAUUCAAGUGCAACCUAUAUUCUAUGGAGAAUAUUUUACCCUAUCCUGUGUCUCUGUCACAUUUAUAGUCUUCUCUGCUCUCCUUUGCCUUCCCUCUCCUCUCCUCCCCUCUUCCUCCUCUCCCCUGUUAUUGCCUCUCCAUAUUGUUAAUCUCAGUAAUGGAUCAGAAGCUUUUCUCAAGUUAUUCCAUUAGUGCGAGAGGGGGCAGCUGUACUCACAUCACCGCACGAAUGUCACACUUGCUUGUGUGGCUGAGUCAGAGCAGCACACCUGCGUGGGUGUCUGUCUGAUGCAUCUAAAACAAGCCUGAGUGUGUGUCUGCAUGCUGUUCACACUACCUUCUCUGCUCGGUACCUUCCCCUUAGUCUUAUUUCAUCAGUGUAGUAGCCUGCAGCAGCAGCAGCAGCAGGACAGAGCAAACCUCCUACGCUCUUUCUCUGUCUCUCUCACUCUCAGACUCACACUCUCACAUAGAUAUACACAUAAACAAGGACUCAGGAGCCAGCUGGUCCUCACCUGGAUGAUCCCACAGAUUCUUAAAGUGUGUUUGUGUGUGUUUCUCUGUGUGCUCGAGCAGGCAGCUGCUUCAUAACAGCAACCUGAGCAGCAGUAACGGCAGCACAGAAGACCUAUUUAGAGAUAGCAUCGACUCCUGUGACAUCGACAUCAACGAGAAGGUAAGAAAGUAUUUGCGGACUACCUUUACGCAACACACCGAAAGGUACUCGCUGUAACGAUAACAUUUACUGUUUCUGUUUGACUACUGAAAACUCACCUUUAGCAUUGUAUGUACCUUGUUGAGAUUUCAAUAACGUUAGCAAAGUCAAGGACAGCUUUUUAGCAUUUUCAUGCUUUUGAAAACUUGGGUAAAACAAAGUUAGAUAUUAUUUUUGCUGUUUUUUGUCGUCAGGUGAGCUCUCUGGAGAAGAAGGUGGCAGAACUUGAGAAUGAGAUUCUGUUAAAUGGUGAUCUGAAGUCAAAGCUGAAGCAGGAAAACACACAGUUAGUACACAGGUAAAGGAACGGUUACUGACUUUAAACUAGGGCUGGGCGAUAUGGCCUCAAAUCAAUAUCAUGAUAUAUAUUGAGCAGUUCACCUCGAUAACGAUAAAUGGUCGAUAACUACUCCACAAGCUGCUCACCGCCUCCAGACUAACUUUGUCUACUUCAGCCGCUACAAAUUUUGAACCGUCCUCCAUCUCCUCACCUGUCUUUCCCUCAUUCUUACAGACUGGAUGGGGCGGAGUCACGUCCCUGGCAUAGGACAGCGUCUUAAAGGGACACGAGACCAUAGCCUACCUACACACAUCCAAAACCAACUUUUAUUCAAUUUAAUUUUGAUACCGAAUAUAUUGACAUGGGCAAAAUGACAUUGGUUAUUGUCGUAAAUUUCGAUAUCUGUAAAUUUUCAGUUUUUCGCCCAGCCCUACUUUAAACCUUAUUUCGGAAGCAAUGUAAUGGAUUUCACGUUUGAUUUUAUAUUCAACUUAUUGUGAAUUUUGCAUGAUUUGUUCAGGGUAAAUGAGUUGGAAGAGCAGCUGAAGGACCAGGAGACACGAGCCGAGCAAAAUCUGCAGGCAGAGCUGAGACGACACCGAGAGGCCUACAGCAAGAUGGAGAGAGACAAAAACACCCAGAUAGAGCUGCUGACCAACAAGUAAGAGGCACAAAUAAUCAAUAGUUUAUAUACAAUUGAUAGUAUAAAAGAUUUGGGUUGUUGUGGGAAAAAUCUAAUAGGAUCACUCCUAAAUCCCCUGAAUGUGGACACUACCAUGCCUGUCUGUGAAGAGAAAAUGCAGAGUGUAAAACUUUAUGCUAAUCAGAGCUUAGAGAUGCCUUCCUGGGUUUUCAGUUUUCUCCAGGGCCUCAGCAUAUACUGUGGACGUCUGCUUAAACAGCAUUUUAGCUGACUAUGAAAAACCCAAAAGUUAUGAAUAAAACUAAGCUAAUACACAAGAUUAUGUGUUUCUAGAGCGAGACAGCUGGAGGAAGAGAACAAUGACUUUGCUAUGAACAUGUGCCGGCUCAAAUCGCAGACAGAAAAACUGGAUGAGGUAAGAGAUAAACAUGCAUCCUUUUGACGUUAUCCUCUUCUUAUUCAUAACCUCGACACGUUUUUUUUUUUUGGUUACCAAGUUUAAUUGUUUGGAUGCACAUCUCUGUCCUUUCUCAGGAGAAGCAAAGAAUGACAGACAAGCUGGAGGACACCAGUUUACGCUUGAAGGAUGAGAUGGACCUCUACAGGAAAAUGAUGGACAAGCUGAGACAGAACAGACUCCAGUUUCAGAAAGAGAAAGAAGACAUGCAGGAGGUAGGAAGGACUUUUCCCGGCUGUCAGACACAUGGACAGCCGGCUGUUCGUUCUGCUCCUAUCUCUGUGCCUUCUUUUAUUCCCUCUUCUCUCCCCCCCACUGCAUUUUUACUGGCUCACACACCCACACCCCUAAAUACUGCACUGGCUUUAUAUAACAUUGUUCAUCCAUCCUUUCUCUGUCUGUAGCUGAUAGAGGACUUGCGACGCGAGCUGGAACAUUUGCAGCUCUUCAAGCUGGAGACAGAGAGGCCUGGACGAAGUCGAAGCUCUUCCUCGAGCCUGGCGGACUUCAACAGCAGGACCAGGGAGGUGGAGCUGGAGCAUGAGGUCAAGAGGCUCAAGCAGGUGUGGGCAAAAUAAUGCAUUCAGAUAAUUUGUGUAGUCAGUUAGCGACUGAAGCUUUGAGAUUCAGAAAGGCUUCUUUUGUACAUAUUUCUAAAGUGAUUUGGUUUUUUCCAUCUCCCUAUCUCUGAGGAGUCUGUCAGACAUCAUGGAUGAUUAUUUUAAACCUUUAAAAACACUGAACAGAGGGUUUAACCGGUACUUGUGAUUGAUGAUUGCUGUAAGAGGAUAAAUCCUUGUUUUGGAUACACAAAGAGUGUGAGUCACAAAGCAAGCUCUAAAAUUAUGCCCCACUUUUACUUCAAUGCUUAGUACUGAGUACCUAAUUUUGCACAGAAUACUUAUCACUCUUUUUAUAAAUGACAACCUGAAGAGGUAUGACUAACCAGUUGUUAUUUUAAGUCUCACUAAAACACAAAUCGUGUUUUAUUUUCCCAAAGUUUCUCAAGCCUUUUGGCAGAGAUACACACAAAAUGAACUGAUGGUUUUAAUUAGACGGAUCUCAGAGUUAUACUCGAGCUCUAUUGAUAGUUUCGUAACUCAAACAUUGACUGUUUUAUUGCCGUUUUCAUCAUUUGAACAUGUACACACUAGCAUAAUUUGUAACUGCUUAUUAGUGUAAACUUGUGACUGUUGGCUCUAUAAAUUGAUGGCAUACAAAUAGCAUAAAACACCCCCCACCCCUCAAAAAAACACACAUAUACAGUACAGGCCAAAAGUUUGGACACACCUUCUCAUUCAAAGUCUUAUCUUUACUUUUUUAUAUGACUACUUACAUUGUAGAAUAUCACUGAAGGCAUCAAAACUAUGAAUGGACACGUGGAAUUUAAAAGAAGAAGUGUGAAAUAACUGAAAACAUGUUUUAUAUUCUAGUUUCUUUGAAGUAGCCACCCUUUGCUCUUGAUGACAGAAGUACUUAACCCCUUAACCCUGACAAGGCAGACCUGUGGAGUAAAAACCAUUUCAAGUGACGACCUCAUGAAGCUCACUGAGAGAACAGCAAAAGUUAUCAAAAAAGCAAAGGGUGGCUAUUUUGAGGAAUCUAAAAUAUAUAAAAUGUUUUCAGUUAUUGCAAUCAAUCAAUCAGUCUUUAUUUAUGUUUGUGUUAAAAUGCAUCAACUUAAAAAAAGGCUUGAUUUCGUGGAAGCAGGAAUGUGCGCACUGAGGAAAUGUCAUUUUAAAACUCAAGAUAAGGAAACACUGGAGGUUUAGGUUAAAAUCUAAAAACAAAGAAACAAAGAAUGAAAUUUAAGAAAUAAUAAAUAAAAUGAAAUAAAAACAACAGUAAAAGAUACAAAAAUAAGAGCACCAAAAUAGCUCAAUAAAAGACGAUCCUGUUAUUAAAACCAGAAAGAGAUAAAUGCUUAAACAAAACAGAGUUGAUAUGUAUUUAUAUAUAUAUAUAUAUAGAUAUAGAUAUAGAUAUAUAUAGAGAUAUAUAGAUAUAUAUAUAUAUAGAUAUAUAUAUUUAAUUUAUACAUAUCAAGCAAGAUUUCAGCACAGUCACUUGAUUAUACAAGAUGAGCAUGAUUCAAAGAAUAAUUUCCUUGCAUUACUUAAUUUACCAAUUGUUGCACAUACAGGAUAAUAUAUGUACACAGUAUCUAUAAAUCUAUAUUUAUAUACACUGUACAUCUACAAAUUUUCUUAAUGAAGUUAUAGUCUUGCUUUGUUGAUGAGUGCAGAUGCUUAACGGAUGUAGAUUAAAACAGAGUGGGUUAAGAAAAAUGUACUUUUUACAUCAACAGUGGGCUUGGUCAAUCAAAAUAGCGCCUAAAAAUCCACUUGAAAGGACCAUUAGACUCAAGUUUUUGUAAUGAUCAACAAAGAGAGGGAACUUCAGAGGAGCUGAAGGAGGAUACAGAAAAAGGAGUAUCAGUCAGAGAGAGCUGAGCUUCUGUAUAUCCUAGAUUUCAGCCUCUGUUGGUACAAGGCUGUUUGUAUGCCCCAGUAAGAAACUUCAGUGCGGUUACUAAGUAACUACUGCAAACUGAACAGACCUGAUGCAGCGUAAACAUUAAAGAUCAGUGUCGAUGAGUGUUUUCAAACGUACUUCCUGAUAAGAAGAGGCAGGUAUUGUCGCUUGAGGUUGUGUGCAUCAGUAAAUGAGGCUGUUAGAGGAAAAGAAUCAACAUGAAAAGCAGAAGGAAGUGAAGCAGUCUGCUCUUGCGACUUGCGUUCCUGUAAAAGAUGUUCAGUCCUCUGUUAAAACUGCUGAUUAGCUCGGCAUGUGUAUCUUAUCAGAGACUUAGAUGAUAAAGUUGUACUUAUGUAGCUUCUGACCAAUAGAAUGACAGUAAUACUUCAGUAUUUUUCCAUCAUCUCAAAGACUUUCUUUUUAGUAAUUCCCUUUGUUAGUCCAUUUUCUGGUUUUGUAGCUCUGUGCAGGUAAAAGCCGUAAUUUGAGCGAUACUCCCUGUGACAUCCACAAAGAUUAGCUCACUAUUUCUGUCUGCCUGUGCACCUCUAUAAAUGUCUAUAUGUGUGUCCAGCGAUUUGUGUCCCAGGACUUUCUCCCCCCUGAAUUCCAGCACCUGGUGUUGUCUGGGGCUCGGCUCCGUCCUGGUCUGAUGGUAAAAUUGCUUCUGCGAACUUUGACCUCCUGAUUAUUAACCACUAAUCACAAUGGAGUAGAGCAAACCUGACUGAGCUGAAUUGGGGUCAGUGCUGCUGUUCCCUCACUAAUGAGUAAGAAUAGGACAAAGGGAAAGGAAACUGACCUCUUGUCAGCACUCAAAGGCGACUUAAUAACGGGGCUUUUAUAACACACCAGACAAGCAGGGGAGCACUUUGUUCUGUAACACGCUUAACCUGUGUGAUGUCCUGUAGGUGUUGCCAAAAUAGACAUGCAUUGCUGAGUGACGCUUAAGUAGCUGCCUUUUGUUUUUAUUUUUUUCAAACAUCAUAUUCUACAGUACUCGAGUGUUGUCCUGGCGCUGAUCUCUCCUCUCGUCUCUCUUUUUCCUUCCUUGUUUUGUAUCGUAGGAGAACCAGAAGCUGAGGGAGCAAAAUGACGAGCUCAACGGUCAGAUCCUCAGCCUCAGUCUGUAUGAAGCGAAGAGUCUGUUUGCCACACAGACCAAGGCCCAGUCUUUAGCCGCAGAGAUAGACAACGCCUCCAGAGACCAGGUUUGAAUGGAUUUCAUCUGUUAGAGUUUGUUGUGUUAGAUUGGUGUGUACAGAAGAAAUCUCCAUUUGAAAAAAAUGGAAUAACCGCUGUUUAACAUUCAAACUCAAAGCAAUAUCAGAGAGGAAACUGUGUAGAAAAUACAGAUUUUCUUACAGAAUUGAUUUUCUAUUCAUCUAUUUAGUAGAUUAUAUAUCAUUUUACUACAUUUUAGCUAUUGUAGCCUUCAGGAGAAUGCAUGUUCUCAUAGCAAACAGUGAAUGUGAUAGUGUAGGUGCACAAGAACUUAAAGGUAACCAGUGGUAAGAGUUCACGAGUAAAACUAAGAAGCUCUGAAAUACAAUACCUGACAAAUUAUAAAGUUAUUGACAAUCUUGUUGACACAACUAACUGAAUAUGUGCUCCAUAUACUUCUUUUUCUUUAGUUAAUGGAAGCCCUGAAGGAGCAGGAAGAAAUCAACUCACGUUUGCGACAGUACAUGGACAAAAUCAUCCUGUCCAUCCUUGACCACAACCCAUCCAUCCUAGAGAUCAAGAACUAA